ACACUCUCUCGGUUUUGGCCAAGCAACUCUUGGCAAUACAGGUAACCAGUGGGGCUCGCGAUCGGCGGCCCAAGCUCCGCACAUUCAGUUCGUUUUCAGCGCGCGUGCGGUGCGGUUCUCUGCCAAGUUGGCUUCUUCUACCAAGUGUUGGCUUCCCGUGGACCAAGUGUACUAAGUGCUGAGCUCCGUCACUCAAUAAUAAUCUUGGAUCGGAGAUCAUUGCCUUAUUUGCCUAGGCGGGGGAAUCUAACGGCCAUCGUCUAAUUGCAGUGAAAGUUGCCGGGCGUUUUCAACCAAUUUGAAACCCUGUGAAAAUUCCGAAUUCCGAAAAACCAAACGCGCGCAAAGCAAUCAAAAGUGUUCAAAAGAAAAGCGUUAAAUAUUGUUAAGUACAACAAUAAGUUGAAAAAUAUUCCAGUGUCUGUGAGCCUGCCAAAGUCGUCGCCGCGCAGCGUGUGUGUGUGUGUGUGUCUUUCUGCGCUUUUGACGGCAAAUCGCUUUUGGCAGCUGCUUUGGCAGCAGCCAAGUAAGAAACAAGGCUUUUUUGCUGGCGUCGCUCUCCGUUGGCAGCUGUUGGCAGUAUGAACUGAUUUUGGCCGAAAGUUGAUGAAUAAAAUGCAAAAAUGAAAAUAUUUUUGCCCCUAGUCACGUGGAUAGUGCUACUACUCUCGAGUGCAGUACAUUCACAAUAUUCACAACAACCGCAACCAUUCAAGACGAACUUGAAGCCGAAUAGUCGGUUUCGCGGCGAGGUCUUCUAUCUGAACCUCGAGAAUGGCUACUUUGGCUGCCAAGUCAACGAGUCCACCGAAUAUCUGCAGCUAUUCAACCUAUCGAAACUAUGCGACGGCACCCAAGACUGUUUUCUGGGUGCCGAUGAGCUGAGCAAAGAGCUCAAAUGCACAAAUGACUGUGAUAAGGAUGGCACCCAGUGCACAAAUGGCGCGUGUUUGAACGGCGUCUGCCAUUGCAAUGACGGCUACGGCGGCUGCAAUUGCGUGGACAAAGAUGAGAACGAAUGCAAACAGCGGCCGUGCGAUGUGUUCGCCCAUUGCACAAACACACUGGGCAGCUUCACGUGUACCUGCUUUCCGGGCUAUCGCGGCAAUGGCUUCCAUUGUGAAGACAUUGACGAAUGCCAAGAUCCCGCGAUAGCAGCGCGCUGCGUGGAGAACGCCGAGUGCUGCAACCUGCCGGCGCACUUCCUCUGCAAGUGCAAGGAUGGCUUCGAGGGCGACGGCGAGGUUCUCUGCACGGACGUGGACGAGUGCCGCAACCCGGAGAACUGCGGCCCCAACGCCCUCUGCACGAAUACGCCGGGCAACUACACCUGCUCCUGCCCGGAAGGCUAUGUGGGCAGCAAUCCGUUCAGGGAGGGCUGCCAGGAUGUGGACGAGUGCUCGUAUCCGAAUGUCUGCGGACCCGGUGCCAUAUGUACGAAUCUCGAGGGCAGUUAUCGCUGCGACUGCCCGCCGGGAUACGACGGCGAUGGACGAUCGGAGUCCGGCUGCGUGGACCAGGACGAGUGCGCCCGGACGCCCUGCGGCCGGAAUGCGGACUGUUUGAACACCGAUGGCAGCUUCCGCUGCCUCUGUCCGGACGGCUACAGUGGAGAUCCCAUGCACGGCUGCGAGGAUGUCGAUGAAUGCGCCACUAACAAUCCAUGCGGUUUGGGUGCUGAAUGCGUGAACCUGGGCGGUAGCUUCCAGUGCCGCUGUCCCUCCGGCUUUGUGUUGGAGCACGAUCCUCAUGCGGAUCAGUUGCCCCAGCCGGAGAACCCCCAACAGUUGGGCUACGGGCCGGGGGCGACGGACGUGGCGCCCUACCAGCGGACCUCGGGCGCCGGUCUGGCCUGCCUGGACAUCGACGAGUGCAACCAGCCGGACGGCGUGGCCAAGUGCGGCACGAAUGCCAAGUGCAUCAACUUCCCCGGCUCGUACCGCUGCCUGUGUCCCAGCGGAUUCCAAGGACAGGGCUAUUUGCACUGCGAGAACAUCAACGAGUGUCAGGAUAAUCCGUGUGGGGAGAACGCGAUCUGCACGGACACCGUCGGUAGCUUCGUGUGCACCUGUAAGCCGGAUUACACCGGCGAUCCGUUCCGCGGCUGCGUCGAUAUCGAUGAGUGUACCGCCUUGGACAAACCCUGUGGACAGCACGCGGUAUGCGAGAAUACCGUUCCCGGCUACAAUUGCAAGUGUCCGCAGGGAUACGAUGGAAAACCCGAUCCCAAGGUUGCCUGCGAGCAGGUGGACGUGAACAUCCUGUGCAGGAGCAACUUCGAUUGUACCAACAACGCUGAGUGUAUCGAGAACCAGUGCUUCUGCCUGGACGGCUUCGAACCCAUCGGAUCCAGUUGUGUGGACAUCGACGAGUGUCGCACCCACGCGGAGGUGUGUGGCCCGCAUGCCCAGUGCUUGAAUACUCCCGGAUCCUAUGGCUGUGAAUGCGAGGCUGGCUAUGUGGGCAGUCCGCCGAGGAUGGCCUGUAAGCAGCCGUGCGAGGAUGUGAAGUGCGGAGCACACGCUUACUGCAAACCGGAUCAGAACGAAGCCUACUGUGUGUGCGAGGAUGGGUGGACCUACAACCCGAGCGAUGUGGCCGCAGGAUGUGUGGACAUCGACGAGUGCGAUGUGCUGCACGGACCCUUCGGGAGCUGUGGCCAGAAUGCCACGUGCACGAACAACGCCGGAGGAUUCACGUGCGCCUGCUCGCCUGGCUUCUCGGGAGAUCCGCACUCCAAGUGCGUGGACGUGGACGAGUGCCGCACGGGAGCCAGCAAAUGUGGAGCUGGAGCCGAGUGCGUGAAUGUACCGGGUGGUGGAUACACCUGUCGCUGCCCCGAGAACACCAUUGCCGAUCCGGAUCCCAGUGUGAGAUGCGUGCCCAUCGUGAGCUGCGCCUCCAACGAGGAUUGCCCGGGCAACUCUAUCUGCGAUGCCACCAAACGUUGCCUCUGCCCGGAACCGAACAUCGGAAACGAUUGCCGCCAUCCUUGCGAGGCGCUCAACUGUGGAGCCCACGCCCAGUGCAUGUUGGCCAAUGGACAGGCCCAGUGCCUGUGUGCUCCCGGCUAUACAGGAAACUCGGCUCUUCCGGGAGGAUGCAAUGACAUCGAUGAGUGUCGGGCGAAUCCCUGUGCGGAGAAGGCCAUCUGUUCGAAUACGGCUGGAGGCUAUAUGUGCCAGUGUCCGGGAGGAUCUAGUGGAGAUCCGUAUCGCGAGGGAUGCAUCACCUCCAAGUCGGAGGGCUGCUCCGACUCCAAUCCCUGUGCGACGGGCGAGAGUUGCGUCCAGGAUUCGUACACCGGCAACAGUGUGUGCAUCUGCCGACAGGGAUACGAACGCAAUCCGGAGAACGGCCAGUGCCAGGAUGUGGACGAGUGCUCGGUGCAGAGGGGAAAGCCCGCCUGUGGCUUGAAUGCCCUCUGCAAGAACCUUCCCGGCAGCUACGAAUGCCGCUGCCCGCAGGGACACACCGGAAACCCCUUCGUCAUGUGCGAGAUCUGCAACACUCCAGAAUGCCAAUGCCAGUCCCCCUACAAGCUGGUGGGCAACAGUUGCGUUCUGUCUGGCUGCUCCAGCGGACAGGCCUGUCCCAGCGGUGCCGAGUGCAUCUCCAUCGCCGGAGGCGUGAGCUACUGUGCCUGCCCCAAGGGAUACCAAACCCAACCGGACGGCAGCUGCGCCGAUGUUGACGAGUGCGAGGAACGCGGAGCCCAACUGUGCGCCUUCGGAGCUCAGUGUGUGAACAAACCGGGAGGCUACAGUUGCCACUGCCCCGAGGGCUACCAAGGAGACGCCUACAACGGAUUGUGUGCCAUGGCCCAGCGGAAGUGCGCGGCGGACAAGGAGUGCGCCAGCAACGAGAAGUGCAUCCAACCGGGAGAGUGCGUGUGCCCACCGCCCUACUUCCUGGAUCCGCAGGACAACAACAAGUGCAAGAGCCCCUGCGAGCGGUUCCCCUGCGGAAUCAACGCCAAGUGCACGCCCUCGGAUCCUCCGCAGUGCAUGUGCGAGGCUGGAUUCAAGGGCGACCCCCUGCUGGGCUGCACGGAUGAGGACGAGUGCUCCCACCUGCCGUGCGCCUACGGAGCCUACUGCGUGAACAAGAAGGGCGGCUACCAGUGCGUCUGCCCCAAGGACUACACCGGGGAUCCCUACAAGAGUGGCUGCAUCUUCGAGAGCGGCACGCCGAAGAGCAAGUGCCUGAGUAACGACGAUUGCGCCAGCAACCUGGCCUGCCUGGAGGGCAGUUGUGUGAGUCCGUGCAGCAGUCUCCUCUGUGGAUCGAAUGCCUACUGCGAGACGGAGCAGCAUGCCGGCUGGUGUCGCUGCCGCGUGGGAUUCGUGAAGAACGGCGACGGCGACUGCGUGUCUCAGUGCCAGGAUGUGAUCUGCGGGGAGGGAGCUCUGUGCAUUCCCACCAGCGAAGGACCCACCUGCAAGUGUCCGCAGGGACAGCUGGGCAAUCCCUUCCCCGGCGGCAGCUGCAGCACGGAUCAGUGCUCGGCGGCCAGGCCUUGUGGCGAGCGACAGAUCUGCAUCAACGGAAGGUGCAAGGAGCGCUGCGAGGGCGUGGUCUGUGGCAUUGGAGCCACCUGCGAUCGGAACAACGGAAAGUGUGUCUGCGAAGCUAACUUUAUUGGUAAUCCCGACCUGAUCUGCAUGCCGCCCAUUGAGCAGGCCAAGUGCUCGCCGGGAUGCGGUGAGAAUGCCCACUGCGAAUAUGGUUUGGGCCAGAGUCGUUGUGCUUGUAACCCGGGAACGUUUGGAAAUCCCUACGAGGGUUGUGGAGCCCAGAGCAAGAAUAUUUGCCAGCCGAACAGUUGCGGAUCCAACGCCGAGUGCCGUGCUGUGGGCAACCAGAUCACCUGUGUGUGUCCGCAGGGAUUCAGUGGAAAUCCAUACAUUGGCUGCCACGAUGUGGAUGAGUGUGCCAACAAGCCAUGUGGUCUCAAUGCUGCCUGUCUGAACAGAGCCGGAGGAUUCGAGUGCCUCUGUCUUUCUGGUCAUGCUGGAAACCCCUACAGCAGCUGUCAACCGAUCGAAAGCAAGUUCUGCCAGGACGCGAACAAGUGCCAGUGCAACGAGCGGGUGGAGUGUCCCGAUGGCUACAGCUGCCAGAAGGGCCAGUGCAAGAACCUCUGCUCACAGGCUUCCUGCGGUCCCCGGGCAAUUUGCGAUGCCGGCAAGUGCAUCUGCCCCAUGGGAUACAUUGGUGAUCCGCACGACCAGGUCCAGGGUUGCAGUGUUCGGGGGCAGUGCAGCAAUGAUGCCGACUGCCAGCACUCCGAGAUCUGCUUCCAGUUGGGCAAGGGUCUGCGCAAGUGCGUGGACGCCUGCUCAAAGAUUCAGUGCGGACCCAAUGCCAUUUGCGUGUCCGAGGAUCAUCGUUCCUCGUGCAUCUGCUCCGAUGGAUUCUUCGGCAACCCGAGCAACCUGCAAGUUGGCUGCCAGCCGGAGCGAACGGCUCCCAAGGAGGAGGACAAAUGCAAGACGGACCGCGACUGUGAACGAGGAUUCGGUUGCCAGGCCAGUCCGCAUGGAACUCGUGAAUGCGUUAAUCUAUGCUCCAACGUCGUCUGCGGACCCAACGAGCUCUGCAAAAUCAACCCGGCGGGACAUGCGAUCUGCAACUGCGCAGAGAGCUAUGUCUGGAACCCAGUUGUCUCGUCCUGCGAGAAACCUUCGCUUCCGGACUGCACCAGUGACGCCAAUUGUCCCGAUGCCUCCGCCUGUCGUCCCGACGUCUUGGGAGUGCUCAAGUGCGUUGCCAUUUGCGAUGCCUUCACCUGUCCAGCCAACUCCGUUUGCGUGGCUCGUCAGCACCAGGGACGUUGUGACUGCCUCACCGGCUUCGUGGGCAACCCGAACGAUAGGAAUGGCUGCCAGCCGGCCCAGAAACAUCACUGCAAGAACCACGCCGAGUGCCAGGAGUCAGAGGCCUGCAUCAAGGAUGAGGCCACCCAAACGCUGGGCUGUCGACCCGCCUGUGAUACCGUCAAGUGUGGACCCCGUGCCGUCUGUGUCACCAACAACCACCAAGCGCAAUGCCAAUGUCCACCUGGACCCUUCGCCGGCGAUCCGUACGAUCCUUUCAAUGGCUGCCAGAGUGUUCCUUGUGUUUACAACCAUGACUGUCCGCCCAGUCAGAUGUGCAACCGGAUGACCCACACGUGCUUCGAUGUGUGCGACGAGGAGUCUUGCGGAGAAAAUGCCAUUUGUCUGGCCGAGGAUCAUCGCGCCGUGUGCCAGUGUCCACCUGGAUUCAGGGGAGAUCCCUUGCCGGAAGUGGCUUGCACCAAACAAGGCGGAUGUGCCGCCGGAACCUGUCACCCCUCGGCCAUUUGCGAGGUUACCCCGGAAGGACCCGUUUGCAAGUGUCCACCGCUCUUUGUGGGCGAUCCGAAGUCGGGUGGCUGUCGCCCAGACGGUCAGUGCCCGAAUGGAGAUGCCGAUUGUCCAGCCAAUACGAUCUGUGCGGGAGGAAGAUGCCAGAAUCCCUGCGACAACGCCUGCGGAUCGAACGCCGAGUGCAAGGUGGUCAACAGGAAGCCAGUCUGCAGCUGCCCACUGCGAUUCCAGCCCGUCUCCGAUAGCGCCAAGGAUGGCUGUGCCCGCACCAUAUCCAACUGCCUCACGGACGUCGACUGCGGCGGAGCGCUGUGCUACAACGGACAGUGCCGCAUCGCCUGCCGGGACUCGCAGGACUGCUCCGAUGGCGAGAGCUGCCUGAAGAACGUCUGUGUGGUGGCCUGUCUGGACCAUAGCCAGUGCGGCAGUGGCUUGGCCUGCGUGGAGGGCCAUUGCACCAUCGGCUGUCGCAGCAACAAGGAGUGCAAGCAGGACCAGUCCUGCAUCGAGAACAAGUGCCUGAAUCCCUGCCAGUCGGCCAGUAGCUGCGGUCCGAACGCCCUGUGCAGCAUUGCCCAGCACCGGAGCCAGUGCAGCUGCCCGGAGGGAUUCGAGGGCAACCCCACCCCGGAACAGGGAUGCGUGCGGGUGCCGGCUCCCUGCUUGGCCAGCAACCAGUGCCCCAGCGGGCACAUGUGCAUUGGCAACCAGUGCAACCUGCCCUGCACCAAAACCUCGGCCUGUGCGGUGGGAGAACGCUGCUACCAGCAGGUUUGCCGCAAGGUCUGCUACACCAGCAACAACUGUCUGGCAGGAGAGAUUUGCAACUCGGACAGGACCUGCCAGCCGGGAUGCGAUUCGGAUGCCGACUGUCCGCCCACUGAGCUGUGCCUCACUGGGAAGUGCAAGUGCGCCACUGGAUUCAUAGGAACUCCCUUCGGAUGCUCGGACAUCGAUGAGUGCACGGAGCAGCCGUGCCAUGCCAGUGCUCGCUGUGAGAACCUCCCUGGAUCCUACCGAUGCGUCUGCCCCGAAGGAACCGUCGGCGAUGGCUACUCCCAGCAGGGUUGCUCGCAACCCAGGCAGUGCCACCAGCCAGACGACUGUGCCAACAACCUGGCCUGCAUCCAUGGCAAGUGCACCGAUCCCUGCCUGCACACAGUGUGCGGACUGAAUGCCCACUGCCAGUCGGAGGGACACGAAGCCCUUUGCAGUUGCCCGGCCGGGUUCUUGGGCGACCCCAACGACACCGGAGUGGGUUGCUUCAAGGUGGAGUGCAUCGACCAUGUGGACUGCGCCGGCGAUCGCGCCUGCGAUGCGGAAACCAAUCGCUGCAUCAAGCCCUGCGACCUGACCAGCUGCGGCAAGGGCAACUGCCAGGUGGAGGAGCACAAGGCGGUGUGCGUCUGCUACGAGGGAUACCAAUUGGCCAACGGAGUGUGCGAAGACAUCAACGAGUGCCUGUCGCAGCCGUGCCACAGCACCGCCUUCUGCAACAACCAGCCGGGAAGCUACAGCUGCCAGUGCCCCGAGGGACUGAUCGGAGAUCCCCUGCAGGCCGGCUGUCGGGAUCCCAACGAGUGUCUGAGUGACGCGGAUUGCCCGGCCUCGGCCAGCUGCCAGAACUCCCGAUGCCGUAGUCCCUGCGAGCGUCAAAACGCCUGCGGAUUGAAUGCCAACUGCCAGGCACAGGGACACCAGGCCGUUUGCACCUGUCCGCAGAAUUCCCGCGGAGAUCCCACCGUCGAGUGCCUGCACAUCGAGUGCUCGGACAACGACGACUGCUCCGGGGAGAAGGCCUGCCUGGACUCCAAGUGCAUUGAUCCCUGUUCGCUGCCCAACGCCUGCGGGGCUCAGGCCCGCUGCUCCGUGCAGAACCACAUCGGAGUGUGCUCCUGCGAGGCGGGCAGCACCGGAGACGCCAAGUUGGGAUGCGUGCAACUGCAGUACUGCCAGCAGGAUGGUCAGUGUGCCCAGGGAAGCAUCUGCUCCCAUGGAAUCUGCAGUCCCCUGUGCAGCACCAAUCGCGAUUGCAUCUCGGAGCAGUUGUGCCUGCAGGGCGUCUGCCAGGGCACCUGCAAGUCCAACUCCACCUGUCCGCAGUUCCAGUUCUGCUCGAACAACAUCUGCACCAAGGAGCUCGAGUGCCGCUCGGACAGCGAGUGCGGCGAGGAUGAGACCUGCUUGAGCGACGCCUACGGAAGGGCCAAGUGUGAGUCGGUGUGCCUGGGACGAGCGGCCUGUGGCCGGAAUGCCGAGUGCGUGGCCCGAUCCCAUGCGCCCGACUGCCUCUGCAAGGAGGGAUUCUUCGGGGACGCCAAGUCCGGGUGCCGCAAGAUCGAGUGCACCACCGACGACGACUGCUCGAACGACAAGAGCUGCGACAACCACAUGUGCAAGAUCGCCUGCCUCAUUGGCCAGCCGUGCGGCGAGAACGCCCUGUGCACCACGGAGCACCACCAGCAGGUGUGCCACUGCCAGCCAGGAUUCAGCGGAGAUCCCCGCGUGCGCUGCGAUGUUAUUGACUUUUGCCGGGACGCUCCGUGCGGACCCGGAGCUCGGUGUCGGAACGCGAGGGGGUCGUACAAGUGCACCUGUCCCCCGGGACUCGUUGGUGAUCCGUACAACGAGGGCUGCCGCAGCUCCGUCGAGUGCGAGACCAACGAGGACUGUCCCCCACACGCCGCAUGCACCCAGACGAACGGCGUGGCCAAGUGCCGCGACGUCUGCGCCCAGCUGCAGUGUGGCCCCAACGCGGAAUGUGUUCCGAAGGGCCACGUGGCGCAGUGUGCAUGCCGCAGCGGCUACGAUGGCCAACCCGCCGACCGGGUGGCCGGCUGUAAGCCGCUGCCCGUUCCCUGUCAGGUCACCGGCGACUGUCCGACCAACACUUACUGCUCGGAUAGCGUCUGCAAACCUGCCUGUGUGCUGGACACCGAGUGUGGAGCAUCGGAGGUGUGUCAAGGUGGCCAAUGCUUCAAUCCCUGCCUGCAGCCGCAGGCUUGUGGACAGAACGCGGAGUGCGUGAUUCAGAAUCACCUGAAACAGUGCCAUUGCCCCGACGGCUUCACCGGCGACUCGGCCAAGGAGUGCGUGCGUGUGCCGGUGGCCUGCGAUGGCGAGUGUGCCCCCGGAUACACCUGCCGUGACUCCAUGUGCCUGCCCGAGUGCCACAACGAUCUGGAGUGCGCCUCCAACGAGAAGUGCCUGAAGGGCAACUGCAUGUUGACCUGUCGAGUGGACAACGACUGCUUCCUGGGUCACGUCUGCCUGCACAACAAGUGCGUCUACGGCUGCCAUGUGGACGACGACUGCAGUGCCUCCGAGUCCUGCCGCAACGACAAGUGCGUGAACCCCUGUCUGGAGAAUCCCUGCGGUCCGAACGCCGCCUGUUCGGUGUCGAACCACCGGGCCAGCUGCAGCUGCCUGGAGAGCAUGGUGCCCAAUCCCACGCCCCAGGUGGGCUGCGUCCGCUCGCCCCCCUUGGAAUGCCGCGAGAACCGCGACUGCGGCAACGGCCUGGCCUGCUUCGAGUCGGUCUGCCGUCCGCUGUGCGCCGACGAUGCCGGCUGCUUGACCAACGAGCGCUGCCAGCAGGGAGUGUGCAAGCCGCUCUGCCGCCACGACAACGAGUGCGGCCAUGGAGAGCUCUGCCUGGGCCUGAAUUGUGUGCCUGGCUGCCGCUCCGAUCAGGGCUGCCCACAGGACCUGUCCUGCGUGGGCCAGCAGUGCGUGGAUCCAUGCGCCGAUCCCACGGCCUGCGGCACCAACGCCCUCUGCCAGACGAUCGAUCACCGGAAACAGUGCUCCUGCCCCGAGGGCCUCGACGGCAAUGCCAACGUGGCCUGCAAGGUGCCGCGCAUUGCCUGCGGCAGGAACGAGGAUUGCCAGACGAACCAGCUCUGCUACGCGGGCAGCUGCCAGGGGAAGUGCAGGAACGACCAGAACUGCCUGGCGGACGAGCGUUGCAUGCGCGGAACCUGCCGCACCGUUUGCAACACGGACGAGGCCUGCGCCCAGGGACAGAUUUGCGAGAAUCGCAUGUGCCAGACCGGCUGCCGCACCGACUUGAGUUGCGCCAGCGACGAGGCCUGCGUGAACAAGAAGUGCCAGAACCCCUGUCGCACUCCGGGCCAAUGUGGCCAAUGUGCCGACUGCCUAGUGGUGAACCAUGGCGUCCAGUGCCAGUGUCCGGCCUCCUUCAUCGGCGACGGGCUGACUGGCUGCCAACUGCCGCCGGAACGCUGCCAUGCCGGCUGCGAGUGCGAUGAGAACGGCGCCUACUGCGCGGCCAAGUGCUCGAGGAGCGAGGACUGCGCCUGCGGCCAGCAGUGUGCCCGCGGAAAGUGCCGGAACAAGUGCGGACCCAAGCGUCAGUGUACGGUGGGUCAGCUGUGCGAGCGGGGCGCCUGCAUCGCCGGCUGCAAGUCGAACGGCGACUGUGCCGCCGACCAGAGUUGUGUGAACGGCAAGUGCUCGGAUCCGUGUGCGAACGACAAGGCCUGCGGAAGGAACGCCCUGUGCACGGUGUCCGAGCACCGGAUGCUCUGCUAUUGCCCCGAUGGAUACGAGGGUGAGCCCAGCAAGGAGUGCGUGCAGUUCGAGUGCCGCGUGGACGACGAUUGCGACAGCAACAAGCGCUGCGACCAAGGAAAGUGCCGCAAUCCCUGCCUGGAGUACGGCGCCUGUGGCACCAAUGCCCAGUGCCGCGUGGUGGGUCGCCAGGCCCAGUGCUCCUGCCCGCCGGACUUCUUCGGCAAUCCGGCCAGCGAGUGCCGACCCCUGGAGGGAGGAUGCUCCAGCAAGCCCUGUGGCGAGAACUCCAAGUGCACCGAGGUGCCGGGUGGCUACGAGUGCGCCUGCAUGGACGGAUGCAUCGGAGAUGCCCAUCAGGGUUGCCUCUGCGGAGGACCGCUGGUGAAUGCCUGCCAGGAUCAGCCGUGCGGACUGAAUGCCGCCUGCCAUGUGCUGGACAACAACCAGGCCGAGUGCUACUGCCCGGAGGACUUCCCCAACGGAGAUGCCUAUGUGCAAUGUUAUCUUACCCCGCCAAAACAGGACUGUCGCACCCAAGGAUGCGAGGUGGGCGACUGUGUGCGCCAGGGCUACGAAUAUGUCUGUCAGCAGGAAAUCGGUUGCGCUUCGAGUGAUGAGUGCCCCUCCCAGCAGGCGUGCAUCAAUGCUCUCUGCGUGGAUCCCUGCACCUACGACAAUCCCUGCGGUCGUAAUGAAGAUUGCCGUGUUCUCAACCACCAGCCUCUGUGCUCAGCCGAACAUGGUCGCACGCCUGGCUGUGAGCACUGCCCACCAGGUUCGAACUGCGAUCCCACGACCGGUGCUUGUAUAAAGGUUGAAUGCACCGACAAUUCGGACUGUGGAGUCACGGAAGCGUGCAUCAAUCAGCUCUGUCAGCAUCCAUGCGAUGUCCAUGAUCCUUGCGCCACGAAUGCCGUUUGCAUCAACACCAACCAUGCAGCCGAUUGCAGCUGUGCGGAUGGCUUCCAGGGCAACGGAUUUGUAGGCUGUCAGCCAGCACGUCCCCAAGUCUGCCAAUACAACGAGGACUGUCCGCCGACGAAGCUCUGCGAUCGCCUCAAUAGGCGCUGCAUUAAUCCCUGCCUGGAGGACUCCUGUGGCGAAAACGCCGAGUGUAUUCCCGUUAACCACGGAACCGAUUGUCGCUGCCUGUCCGGAUUCUUGGGCAACGCCUAUGUGCAGUGUCUUCCUAGUCAAGGUUGCCGUUCCGAUUCAGAGUGUGAUUCCAGUCAGGCCUGCAUUAACGGAAAGUGUUCAUCGCCCUGCCAAUGUGGCGCCUUCGCCCUCUGCGAUGUGGUCAACCAUCGCGGGGUGUGCAAGUGCCCACCGGGCUACAACGGAAAUCCUCAGGUGGGAUGCAGUCCGCCCCAAGAUCCCUGCGAACCUAACCCAUGUGGCUUGAAUGCUCUGUGCGAGCUGGACAAUGGCAACCCCAUUUGCUACUGUCCCAAGAGUCUUACCGGAAAUCCGUUUAAAAAUUGCAUUCCUGAAGGAGACGAGUGCACGCCGAACCCAUGCGGUCCCAACUCCGGAUGUCGUCGCGUGGAAGGCAAUCCGAUUUGCUUCUGCCUGCCGGAGUACGAAGGUCAGCCGCCGGCAAUUCCCUGUGAGCUGCCCUCGAAUCCUUGCGAUCCAUCGCCUUGCGGACCGAAUACCCAGUGCUCCGUACUCAGCAACGGUUUCUCCAAGUGCACCUGUUUGCCGAAUUAUGUGGAGAGCCCGAACACAAUUCGAGGCUGUGUCGAACCCAUUAACCCCUGCGACCCCAACCCUUGUGGAACUGGGGCCAUUUGCGAUUCAUCCCGCGAUCCCGUUUGUUACUGUCCGGACAACAAGAUUGGCAAUCCCUUCAGGCUGUGCGACAAGCCAGCAGUUACUAUUGAGCUCUGCCAGCCAGGACCCUGUGGCCGGAAUGCCGACUGUUACGUGGCUGGUAACCGGGAGGAGUGCUACUGUCGCUCUGGAUAUGUGGGAGAUGCUUACCAAGGAUGCCGUGAGCCAAGUCGCACGGUCUGCGAUCCCAACCCUUGUGGACCUAACGCCAACUGCGUGGUGGCUGGCGAUGGACAAACCGCUUGCGUUUGCCCCGAUGGUCUGUCGGGAGAUCCCACAUCUCUGAUUGGCUGCCAUGGUUACGAGUGCCAAGUGGAUGCCGAUUGCCCGAACAGCAAGGCCUGCAUGGGCUACCGCUGCUACGAUCCCUGUCCUGGAGCCUGUGGCCAAGGAGCCCAUUGCCGAGUGGAGGAACACCACCCAGUUUGCUCUUGCAACCCCGGACUGACUGGAAACCCCGGAGUUCGUUGCUAUGCCCUGGAUCAUCCCAAGACGAAUCCUUGCGUGCCAAGUCCGUGUGGCAAGAACAGUGAGUGCAAGCUGAUGAACAACCGAGCUGUCUGCUCGUGCAUCCCUGGUUAUCUGGGUGAUCCCCAGUCGGGAUGUCAGCCAGAGUGCGACAUCAACUCCGAUUGCGGGGACACCUUGUCGUGCAUUAACCACAAGUGCGUGGAUCCGUGCGCUGGCGCGAUCUGCGGCAUCAAUGCCAUCUGCAAUGUGCGCCAGCACACACCGGUGUGCCUUUGUCUGGAUGGAUUCGUUGGCGAUGCCUUCUUGCAGUGCGUCCCAGUUGGAAUACUGAAGAACGUUUCCCGCGAUCCGUGCGCACCCUCGCCCUGCGGACCUCACGAUGUCUGCUCGGUGUUCGGUGACGGAGUCGCCCUCUGUGAUCCCUGCUUUGGACCCAAUGCCCAGCAGAAUCCCCGCUGCCGUCCGGAGUGUGUGGGCAAUUCGGAUUGUCCGUUCGAUCGCGCCUGUUUGGGUCAGCGUUGUGUGGAUCCCUGUCCCGGAUCGUGUGGAAGGAAUGCUAUCUGCAAUGUGUACGAACACAACCCCGUUUGCGCUUGCCCAUCGGGUCUCUUUGGAAAUCCGUAUGAACAGUGUACCACUCAGUCGGUGGUGGAGCCACCGCCUCAACCGAGCUGUGCCAAGCUGCACUGCGGUGCCAAUGCGGAGUGCAAGCGCCAGCACAGCGGACUGGCCUGCGUCUGCCGGAAGGGAUACUUCGGAGAUCCGCACAUUGGCUGCCGGCCAGAGUGCGUGCUCAACAGCGACUGUCCUGCGGAGAAGGCUUGCCUCAACUCCAAGUGCGUGGAGGCCUGUUCCGGAGUGUGCGGCGUGAAUGCCGUGUGCCGCGUGGUCAACCAUGCACCAGUUUGCAUCUGUGCCGAGGGAUACAGCGGAGACGCCUCCAUUGCGUGCAAUCCCUUCUACUUGCCACCACCAGUGCGACCACAUCCGUGCGAACCGUCGCCCUGCGGACCCAACUCCCGAUGCAAGGCCACGCCCGACGGCUAUGCCGCCUGUUCCUGCCUGCCGAACUUCAAGGGAGCCCCGCCAGUCUGCCAGCCCGAGUGCGUGGUGAGCUCGGAGUGUGCUCCCAACCAGGCCUGUCUGAACCAGCGGUGUGCCGAUCCCUGUCCCGGAAUCUGCGGUGGCGGAGCCCGCUGCGAGGUGCUCAACCACAACCCCAUCUGCUCCUGUGAGGCCAACUUUGAGGGAGAUCCGUUCGUGGCAUGUUCGCCCAUCCAAGAUCCAGGUCGCGAAAUCGCUGUGCCAAAGAACCCAUGCGUGCCAUCACCCUGCGGACCCAACUCCAUUUGCCAGAUCAAACAGAACCGACCAGUCUGCUCCUGCGUAGCCAACUAUAUAGGCAGCCCGCCUUAUUGCCGGCCGGAGUGCACUCUCAGCAGCGAGUGUCCGGCGGACAAGGCCUGCAUCCAGGAGAAGUGCCAGAACCCAUGCACCAACGUGUGUGGACACAAUGCCCGCUGUACUGUGAUUGCUCACUCUGCUCACUGCAGUUGCGAUGAUGACUACGAGGGAGAUGCCUUCAUCGGCUGCUCCAAGAAAAUCGCAGAAAAACCAAGAGAUCGCAUCGAUCCGUGCUACCCCAAUCCGUGUGCGGAGAAUGCUGUAUGCACGCCUUACAACAAUGCUGCCCGUUGCUCCUGCAUUGAGCCCUACAACGGAGACCCGUAUUCCACCGGAUGUCGUCCCGAGUGCAUCUACAGCUCGGAGUGUCCCUCGUCGCUGGCCUGCAUCAAGCAGCACUGUCGCGAUCCUUGCACGGCUGCCUGCGGAGCCAAUGCCGAGUGCACGGUGGUCAACCACUUGCCCUCGUGCAGCUGCACCCAUGGAUUCGAGGGCAAUCCGUUUGAGGGAUGCAAGCGAGUGCCAAUCGUGAGGCCCGUGAGCGUGUGCGAACCGAAUCCCUGUGGACCGAACAGCAUCUGUCGCACCGUCGAGGGUCAUCCCACGUGCAGCUGCCAGGUCGGAUACUUCGGAGCUCCGCCGCAGUGCAGGCCCGAAUGUGUGGUCAGUUCCGAGUGUGCCCAGCACCUGGCCUGCAUCAACCAGAAGUGCACCGAUCCUUGUGCGGAGACUUGCGGAUUCAAUGCCAAGUGCAAAGUGAACAACCACAAUCCCAUCUGCUCCUGUCCAGACAACUACAGUGGCGAUCCGUUCGAGCAAUGCGAACCUACGAUACCGUCACGCAAUGCGGAUCCAUGUCUGCCCAGUCCCUGCGGACCGAAUGCCCUUUGUCGCAAUGUGAACGACAGAGCCGAGUGCUCUUGUGCCCCCGGAAUGUUUGGGGCUCCGCCACAGUGUCGACCGGAGUGUGUGAUUAACCAGGACUGCCCAUCGAACCGGGCUUGUAUACGUCAGCGGUGCGAGGAUCCGUGUAUCGGAAUCUGUGGCUUCAAUGCCGUCUGCUCCACCCAGAACCACCAGCCAAAGUGCAGUUGCCUCGAGAGUUUCGAGGGUGAUCCGUACACCGCCUGCAGAAUGCGAGAGAUCGUGGUGCCAGAUCCACCAUCCGAUCCAUGCUACCCAUCGCCCUGUGGUGCGAACGCCAUUUGUCGUGUGCGCAAUGGAGCCGGCUCCUGCACCUGCAUCCAGAACUACUUCGGUGAUCCGUACAUCAACUGCCGCCCGGAGUGCGUGCAGAAUAGCGAUUGUCCCGGCAGCCGGGCCUGUAUAAACAUGAAGUGCCGCGAUCCCUGCGCCAACGCCUGCGGGUUCAAUGCCAUCUGUAGGGUGGCCCAUCACCAGCCAGUGUGUAGUUGUGAGCCUGGUUUCACCGGCAAUCCACUGCGCGCAUGCGUCGAGAGGCCUUCAAAUAUGUACCUGCCCCUGCCGAAAGACCCUUGUAGACCCUCGCCUUGUGGCCUGUUCAGCUCUUGUCAUGUGGUUGGGGAUCGUCCCGUGUGCGCCUGCUUGCCAGACUACAUGGGCGCUCCACCCAACUGCAGGCCCGAGUGCAUGACCAGUGCCGAGUGUCCUUCGGACAGGGCCUGUAUCAACCAGCGUUGCAAGGAUCCUUGUCCCGGCACCUGCGGCUACAAUGCCCGCUGUCGCUGCACCAACCACUCGCCCAUCUGCACUUGCUAUGAAGGCUACACCGGGGAUCCGUUCCACCAGUGCGUGCCUGAAAGAAAACCACCACCGCCAAUACCCGAUCCCAUUGUACCGCCCAAUCCCUGCGUGCCUUCACCUUGCGGACCCAACUCCCAGUGUCAAGUUUCGAGCAGUGGAGCUGUCUGCUCCUGCGUAACCAAUUACAUAGGACGUCCGCCUGGUUGUCGACCAGAGUGCAGUAUCAAUUCCGAGUGUCCAGCCCGAAUGGCCUGCAUCAAUUCGCGUUGUGCCGAUCCCUGCAUCGGAUCGUGUGGAAACAACGCACUCUGCCACGUCAGUCUGCAUGCUCCGGUUUGCAUGUGCGAGCCUGGAUACUCCGGAGAUCCAUUCUCGGGCUGCUACAAGAUCAUAGAGACCCCCAUUGAAGUGAUCCAACCAUGUCGCCCCAGUCCGUGUGGGUUGAAUGCCCUGUGCGAGGAGCGGAACCAAGCCGCCGCCUGCAAGUGUCUGCCGGAAUACUUCGGAGAUCCGUAUGUCGAGUGUCGCCCCGAGUGCGUCAUCAACUCGGACUGCUCCAGGUCGCGUGCCUGUGUCAACCAGAAGUGCGUGGAUCCCUGUCCGGGAAUGUGCGGCCACAACGCCCAGUGCGCCGUCUUUAAUCACGCUCCCAAUUGCGAGUGCCUUCCUGGUUACACGGGUAGCCCCAUCGUUGGUUGCCACCUGAUUCCUGAAGCCCCGCGCUAUCCCGACCCAAUAGUACCCGAAAAUCCCUGCCAACCCUCGCCCUGCGGCCUCUACAGCAACUGUCGUUCGGUUAAUGGCCACGCGGUCUGCUCCUGUGUGCCCAACUACAUUGGCUCCCCGCCCAACUGCCGGCCCGAGUGCAUGAGCAGCUCGGAGUGCGCGCAGGACAAGUCGUGCCUCAACGAGCGCUGCAAGGAUCCCUGCCCAGGCACCUGCGGCAACAACGCGCUCUGCCGCGUGGUCAACCACAAUCCGAUCUGCUCCUGCAGUCCCGGCUUCAGUGGUGAUCCGUUCGUGCGCUGCUUCCCGCAAGAGAAGCGGCCGCCCAUCACCCACGAUCGCAUCGAUCCGUGCGUGCCCUCGCCGUGCGGGCCCAACUCUCAGUGCCGGGUGUCGGCUGCCAACGAGCAGGCGGUCUGCUCAUGCUUGGAACAUUACGUGGGCAGGGCGCCGAACUGCCGGCCGGAGUGCACCUCGGACUCCGAGUGCCCCGGCAAUUCGGCGUGCAUCAAUCUGCGCUGCCGGGAUCCAUGCGUGGGUACCUGCGGCCUCCAGACCACUUGCCUUGUAAAUAAUCAUAGACCCAUUUGCCGCUGCCUUGAGGGUUAUGCGGGCGAUCCAUUCUCAGAGUGUAGUCCAAAGAUUAUUGUUCCGCCGGAGGUGGCACAGCCCUGCAACCCGAGUCCCUGCGGCGCCAACGCAGUGUGCAAGGAGCGCAACGGCGUUGGCUCCUGCUCCUGCCUGCCGGAGUACAACGGAGACCCGUACACCGAGUGCCGUCCGGAGUGCGUGCUGAACAGUGACUGCUCGAAGAACCGCGCCUGCCUGAACAACAAGUGCCGCGAUCCCUGUCCGGGCGUCUGUGGCGUCUCCGCCGAGUGCCAUGUGAUCAACCACGCCCCCAGCUGCAGCUGUCCAUCCGGGUUUACUGGAAAUCCCUCGCAAUACUGUCGGGAGAUACCGAAAUUGGCCGCACCCGUUGAACCCUGUCGCCCUUCGCCCUGCGGUCCCUACAGUCAGUGCCGCGAGGUCAACGGCCACGCGGUCUGCUCAUGCGUCACCAAUUACAUUGGCACUCCACCCGCGUGUCGUCCGGAGUGCUCGGUCAGCUCCGAGUGCUCGCAGGACAGGGCGUGUGUGAACCAGCGCUGUGUGGACCCGUGUCCCGGCACCUGCGGCAACGAGGCCCUCUGCAAGGUGACCAACCACAACCCGAUCUGCUCCUGCCCCGCCGGCUUCAGCGGCGAUCCCUUCGUGCGCUGUGCGCCGUGGCGGGAGGAGCCGGAGCAGCCCAAGUCCAAUGAGAAUCCCUGCGUGCCGAGUCCCUGCGGACGCAAUUCCCAGUGCCGUGUCGUCGGUGAGACGGGCGUGUGCUCCUGCCUGCCCAACUACGUGGGCAGGGCCCCCAACUGCCGGCCAGAGUGCACACUCAACACCGAGUGUCCCGCCACCCUGGCCUGCGUCAAUGAGCGCUGCCAGGAUCCAUGUCCGGGUUCCUGUGGCUUCAAUGCCUACUGCAGUGUGGUGAACCACUCGCCCGUCUGCUCCUGCGACAACGGUUUCACUGGCGAUCCCUUCGCCGGCUGCAAUCCGCAACCUCCCUCGGUGCCCGACGAACGCCUGACCCCCUGCCAACCCUCGCCGUGUGGCCCGAAUGCCGAGUGCCGCGAGCGCAACGGCGCCGGCUCCUGUACGUGUCUGCCGGAGUACUUCGGCGAUCCGUACAGUGGCUGCCGACCGGAGUGCGUGGUGAACAGUGACUGCUCGCGCGACAAGUCGUGCGUCAACCAGAAGUGCGUGGACCCCUGUCCAGGUGUUUGUGGUCUGAACGCCCAGUGUCGCGUGUCCAAUCACUUGCCCAGCUGCUCCUGUCUGGCCGGCUACACUGGAAAUCCGUCGAGUGCGUGCCGUGAAAUUCCCCAGUUGCCCCCACCACCCGAACGGGACGAGAACCCCUGUAGACCCUCGCCGUGCGGUCCGUACAGCCAGUGCCGCGAGGUCAACGGCCAUGCCGUGUGCUCCUGCCUGCAGGGCUUCAUUGGCUCGGCGCCCAACUGCCGGCCCGAGUGCAUCAUUAGCUCGGACUGCGCCCAAGACCUCAACUGCCAGAACCAGAAGUGCGUGGACCCGUGUCCCGGCACUUGCGGCAUCGAGGCCCGCUGCCAGGUCAUUAACCACUACCCCGCAUGCUCCUGUGCCCCUGGUUUCACCGGCGAUCCCUUCAACCGGUGCACUAAGAUAUUGUUGGAGCCCCCACCCGUUGAAAAGUCCGGUAAUCCCUGCAUCCCCUCACCGUGCGGACCGAACUCGAAAUGCCUCGAUGUCCGCGGUUCGCCUGCAUGCUCCUGUCUGCCCGACUUCCUGGGACGUCCGCCCAACUGCCGGCCCGAGUGCCUCAGUAGCGCCGACUGCCCGGCCAAUCUGGCCUGCGUGAACCAGCGCUGCUCGAACCCGUGCAUCGGUGCCUGUGGCCAGCACUCCGUGUGCACGGUCAUCAAGCACCGGCCGACAUGCGAGUGUGUGCCCGGUUACACCGGAGAUCCCUUCUCCGGCUGUGCAAUCGUGCAGCAAAUUCCUCCACCGGACGAGCCAAGGAACCCAUGCAAUCCCAGCCCCUGCGGAGCCAAUGCCAUUUGCCGGGAGCGCAACGGAGCCGGCUCCUGCACCUGCCUGCCGGAAUACUUCGGAGAUCCGUACAGCGGCUGCCGGCCCGAGUGUGUCCAGAACGACGACUGCGAUCGCUCGCUGGCCUGCAUCAACAACAAGUGCCAGGACCCUUGCCCCGGAGCCUGCGGCAUCAAUGCCGAGUGCCGGGUGCUCAACCACGGACCCAACUGCAACUGCUUCGAGGGCUACACCGGCGAUCCGCACCGCUCGUGUGCGCUCGUGGAGGUGGUCACCCGGCGACCGGAGAACCCGUGCCAGCCAUCGCCCUGCGGACCGUACAGCCAAUGCCUGGACACCAACAGCCAUGCGGUGUGCAGCUGCCUGGAGGGCUACAUUGGAGCGCCGCCGAGCUGCAAGCCGGAGUGCGUGGUCAGCUCGGAGUGCCCCCAGAACAGGGCCUGCAUCAGCCAGAAGUGCGAGGAUCCGUGCCGCGGAUCGUGCGGCAACAAUGCCAAGUGCCAGGUGGUGAACCACAAUCCGAUCUGCACCUGCCAGCCGGGCAUGACCGGCGAUCCCAUCUCGGGCUGCGAGCCCACACCGGAGGUGAAGAACGUGGAGAACCCGUGUGUGCCGUCGCCCUGUGGACCCAACUCGAUUUGCCGAGAGAUUGGCAACCAGGCGGCCUGCUCCUGCAAGAGCGGCUUCGUCGGACGGCCGCCGAUCUGCAGGCCGGAGUGCACCAACAACGACGAGUGCCAGAACCACCUGUCCUGCCAGCAGGAGCGCUGUGUCGAUCCCUGCCCCGGUUCGUGUGGCAGCAACGCCAUCUGCCAGGUGGUGCAGCACAAUGCGGUCUGCUCCUGUGCCGAUGGCUACGAAGGCGAUCCGCUCUUCGGCUGCCAGCUGAUCCGGGCCGUAACGCCCACCGAAUCGCCCACUUCUCCGUGCGAGCCAUCGCCCUGCGGACCGCACGCCGAGUGCCGCGAGAGGAACGGAGCCGGAGCCUGCUAUUGCCACGACGGAUUCGAGGGCAAUCCGUAUGAUGCCCAACGGGGAUGUCGUCGCGAGUGCGAGAGCAACGAUGAGUGCUCCGCCGUGCAGGCCUGUUCGCGGUUCAAGUGCGUCGAUCCCUGCAACAAUAUCUGCGGAGACUAUGCCAUCUGCACGGUUGACAAGCACGUGCCCACCUGCGACUGCCCGCCGGGCUACACUGGAGAUCCGUUCUUCAGCUGCAAGCCAGUGCCGGUCACCCCGCGUCCGCCGCUGAACCCGUGCAACCCCUCGCCCUGCGGACCGAACAGCAACUGCCGGGCCAUGAACAACCAGGCGGUGUGCUCCUGCCAGGCCGGAUUCAUCAACCAGCCGCCCAACUGCAAGCCGGAGUGCGUCGUCAGCGCCGAGUGCGCUCCGGAAAGGGCCUGUGUGAACAAGAAGUGCGUGGAUCCCUGCCAGCACACGUGCGGCAUCCGGGCCAUCUGCACCACCAAGAACCACAGCCCCAUCUGCACGUGUCCACGUGGCAUGACCGGAGAUCCGUUUGUUCAGUGCACCAAAGUUGCUAUCACCAAUGAAAACACCACUCCAUCGCCGGCGCCCGCAUCAUGUGUGCCAUCUCCCUGUGGACCCAACGCCAAGUGCCAGAUUGUGGGCAACAGUCCGGCCUGCUCCUGCCUUCCGAACUUCAUUGGAGCGCCGCCCCGCUGUCGCCCCGAGUGCGUUCUGAACUCGGAGUGCGGACCCACGGAGGCAUGCAUCAACCAGAAGUGCGCCGAUCCCUGCUCCGGAUCCUGCGGCUUCGAGGCCAAGUGCCAUGUGCUUAACCACCUGCCCAUCUGCAACUGCAUCGAGGGCUUCGAGGGCGAUCCCUUCGUGCGCUGCACGAAGAAGGAGGAGCCCAAGACGCCCGUCGUGAACGAUCCGUGCAAUCCGAAUCCGUGCGGUCAGAACGCCGACUGCUUUGCGGGAGAGUGUCGCUGCCAGCAGAAUUACCAAGGAAACGCCUACGAGGGCUGUCGUCCGGAGUGCACACUCUCGGCUGACUGUCCCAGGGACAAGGCCUGCAUGCGCAACCGCUGUGUGGAUCCGUGCCCGGGAAUCUGCGGCAACAACGCCAUCUGCGAGGUGAUGAACCACAUUCCGGUGUGCUCCUGCGUUCAGGGCUACGAGGGCGAUCCGUUCGUGAACUGCCGCGUGAAACCCAUCGCCGAAGAGACGCCAGUUGAGACCUGUUCCCCAUCGCCGUGCGGAGCGAACAGCCAGUGCCGCGACGUCAACGGACAUGCGGUGUGCUCCUGCCUGGAGGGCUACAUCGGAGCGCCGCCUCAGUGCCGUCCCGAGUGCGUGGUGUCCAGCGAGUGCUCCGCCCUGCAGGCUUGUGUCAACAAGAAGUGCGUGGACCCCUGCGUCGCUGCCUGCGGACUGGAGGCCCGUUGCGAAGUGAUUAACCACAGCCCGAUUUGCGGAUGUCCACCUGGACGAACCGGUGAUCCGUUCAAGCAGUGCGUUGUACCGGCACCGAUUCCUGCGCCAGACGUAAAGACCACUCCUCGGGAUCCUUGCCAGCCGUCGCCCUGCGGACCCAACUCCAUCUGCAAGCCGGACAGGAAUGGACCAGUCUGCCAGUGCCAGCCCGAGUUCUUUGGCUCGCCGCCCAACUGCAGACCCGAGUGCAUCAUCAAUCCGGACUGCCAGUCCACGCAGGCGUGCAUCAACAACAAGUGCAGCAAUCCCUGCCCGGCGUCCUGCGGCACGAAUGCCGAGUGUCGGGUCAUCGGACACGCUGUCUCCUGCUCCUGCCCGUCCGGCUACGCUGGCAACGCCUUCGUCCAGUGUGUGCCGCAGCAGGCUGAGCCACCGAAGCCCUGCCAGCCGUCUCCCUGCGGAGCGAAUGCCGAGUGCAUCGAGCGGAACGGAGCCGCCGCCUGCAAGUGCAUCGACGAGUACCAGGGCAAUCCCUACGAGGGAUGUCGGCCCGAGUGCGUACUCAGCUCGGACUGUCCCACGGACAAGGCGUGCAUCCGCAACAAGUGCCAGGAUCCCUGUCCCGGAAUCUGCGGACUGAACGCCCAGUGCUAUGCGGUCAACCAUGUGCCCAACUGUGUGUGCAACGACGGCUUCACUGGUGAUCCGUUCGCCAGUUGUCGCCGCGUAGAGAUCUCAGCAACUCCGGCACCGGAACCCUGCACACCUUCGCCUUGCGGACCCAACAGCAAGUGCAGGGUGGCCAACGGCUUGGCCGUGUGCUCCUGCCUGGACACCUUCACUGGAUCCCCGCCGAACUGCAAGCCGGAGUGCACUGUGAAUGCCGAGUGUCCCUCGACAAAGGCGUGCCACAAGUUCCGCUGCGCCAAUCCCUGCGCCAAGACCUGCGGUCUGAAUGCCAAGUGCGAGGUGAUCAACCACAACCCGAUCUGUAGCUGUCCCUUGGACAUGACGGGCGAUCCGUUCGCCCGCUGCUACCCGGCACCUCCACCACCGCCGCCAGGACCCAAAGAUGAGCCAGUGAAGAGGCCAUGCCAGCCUUCGCCUUGCGGUCUGAACGCCGAGUGCAGGGUGCGCGAUGACCAGGCCUCUUGCUCGUGCCUGCCCAACUUCAUCGGAGCACCGCCCAACUGCCGCCCGGAGUGCGUUGUCAACACGGACUGCUCGCCGGACCGAGCCUGCAUCGCCGAGAAGUGUCGCGAUCCCUGCGACGGCUCCUGCGGACUGGACUCCGACUGCCGUGUGCAGAACCACUUGGCCAUCUGUACCUGCCGCGGAGGAUUCACCGGCGAUCCGUUUGUGCGCUGCAUUGAAUUCAUCGAGGAGACCACAAAGUCACCGCCACUCAGCCAGGAUCCCUGCGAUCUGCAGCCGUGCGGAUCGAAUGCCGAGUGCAGGAACGGCGUCUGCAGCUGCCUGCCGGAGUACCAGGGAGAUCCGUACAUCGGCUGUCGCCCGGAGUGCACCCUGAGUACCGAUUGCCCGCCAACCAAGGCCUGCCUGAACAAGAAGUGCGUGGAUCCGUGCCCGGGAGUCUGUGGCCAGAACUCGCAGUGCGACGUCUCCAACCACAUACCGAUAUGCAGUUGCCUGCAGGGCUACACCGGCGAUCCGUUCGUCCACUGCCGCCACGAGACGCCGGUGGCCAAGGACCCGUGCCAGCCAAAUCCCUGCGGACCGAACAGCCUGUGCCACAUUUCCGGCCAGGGACCCGUUUGCGCCUGUCAACCGGGAAUGCUGGGCUCCCCGCCGGCCUGCAAGCCGGAGUGCAUCGUCAGCUCCGAGUGCUCCCUGCACAUGGCCUGUGUGAACAGGAAGUGCGUGGAUCCGUGCCCCGGAGCCUGCGGACAGUUCGCCCGCUGCCAGGUGAUCAACCACAACCCGUCGUGCUCCUGCAACUCGGGCUACACGGGCGAUCCGUUCACUCGCUGCUACCAGGAGGAGCGAAAGCCGCCGCCGACGCCGGAGAACCCAUGCCAGCCGUCCCCCUGCGGACCCAACUCCGAGUGCAAGGUUCUGAAUGGCAACGCGGCCUGCUCCUGCGCAGCCACCUUCAUUGGAACGCCGCCGAGCUGCCGACCCGAGUGCUCCAUCAAUCCGGAAUGCCCGCCGACCAAGGCCUGUAUACGGCAAAAGUGCUCGGACCCGUGCGUGAAUGCCUGUGGAUUCAAUGCCCGCUGCAAUGUGGCCAAUCAUCAACCCAUCUGCACAUGCGAUGUGGGCUAUACUGGAGAUCCGUUCACCGGCUGUCAGAAGGAGCAAGAACGCAUUGUCAAUGAGCAGGUGACCCCCUGCGAACCCAAUCCCUGUGGCUCGAACGCGGUUUGUCGCGAGAGGAACGGCAUCGGCUCCUGCCAGUGCCUGCCCGACCACUUUGGCGACCCGUACCAGUCGUGUCGUCCGGAGUGCGUCCGCCACUCGGACUGCGCCUCGAACAAGGCGUGCCAGCAGCAGAAGUGCCGCGAUCCCUGCCCCGGCACCUGUGGCAGCAAUGCGGACUGCAGUGUCACUAACCACCUGCCCACCUGUUCCUGCCGCAUUGGAUACUCGGGCGAUCCGUACCGCUACUGCCAUGUGGAACCACCCCAGCCCCCUGCCCGUGUGACCGAACCUUCUCAGCCCUGUCGUCCCUCACCGUGCGGUCCCAACUCCCAGUGUCGCGAACUCAACGGCCAGGCCGUGUGCUCCUGCCUGGAGCUCCACAUCGGUCUGCCGCCCAACUGUCGACCCGAAUGUGUGUUGAGCACCGAGUGUCCCACCGAUAAGGCGUGCAUCAGUCAACGUUGUCAGGACCCCUGUCCCGGCACUUGUGGCAUCAACGCCGAGUGCCGAGUGCGUAAUCACGCACCCUUGUGUCAGUGUCGCCAAGGAUUCACCGGUGAUUCCUUUACUCGCUGCUAUGCCCUUCCACCCCCGCCACCUGAAAUUCAACGGGUUGAGCGCGAUCCCUGCCUGCCUUCGCCUUGCGGAUUGAAUAGUCAAUGCCGCAAUGUCCAGGGAGUGCCGUCGUGCUCUUGCCUGCCAGAGUUCUUGGGAGUGCCGCCCAACUGUCGACCCGAGUGCACCAUCAGUGCCGAGUGUCCCUCGAACCUGGCUUGUAUACGCGAGAAGUGCAUAGACCCCUGUCCCGGUUCAUGUGGCUAUGCCGCCGAGUGUAAUGUGGUCAACCACACGCCCAUUUGUGUGUGUCCAGCUGGCUUUACGGGGGAUCCGUUCAGCAGCUGCCGACCUGCCCCGCCACCCGAGCCAGUGCAACAGGAAUAUGUGGAUCCCUGCAACCCAUCACCUUGUGGCGCCAAUGCCCAAUGCAACGCUGGAGUCUGCUCUUGCCUGGCCGAGUUCCACGGCGAUCCCUACUCCGGCUGUCGGCCAGAGUGUGUUUUGAAUUCGGAUUGUCCCCGGGACAAGGCUUGCCGUCGCAGCAAGUGCGUUAACCCCUGUCCUGGAACCUGUGGCGAGAAUGCCAUCUGCGAUGUCAUUAACCACAUUCCGAUGUGCAGAUGUCCCGAGCGCACUGCUGGCAGCGCCUUCAUCCGCUGCUCCCCGGUGCAGAUUUCAGUUAUCAAUCCCUGCCGACCCUCGCCGUGUGGUCCCAACUCCCAGUGCCGCGAGGUUAACCAGCAGGCAGUUUGCUCGUGCCUGCCAAGCUUCAUUGGAGCCCCACCAUCCUGCCGACCCGAGUGCACCUCGAACUCCGAGUGUGCACCCACCCAAGCUUGUCUCAACCAGCGCUGCGGCGAUCCCUGCCCCGGAACAUGUGGAGUGGGCGCCAAUUGUGCUGUCGUCAGCCAUAGUCCCUUCUGCACAUGUCCCGAGAGGUUCACGGGUAACCCCUUCGUUCGUUGCCAGCCCCAGAUCGAGCCUCCUGUUCGCGACGUUGCCCCCGUUGACCCUUGCCGCCCAUCUCCCUGUGGACCUUAUUCCCAGUGUCGUCCGGUCGGCGAGGCGCCUGCCUGCUCCUGCCUGGAAACCUACAUAGGACGUCCACCGAACUGCCGGCCAGAAUGUGUGACCAGCUCGGAUUGCGCCAGUCAACUGGCCUGUGUUAACCAGAAGUGCGUCGAUCCGUGCCCAGGACGCUGUGGCCUCAACGCCGAGUGCCAUGUGGUCAGCCAUGCGGUGCAAUGCAUUUGCCAGCAGGGCUUCAGCGGAGAUCCGUUCGUGCAGUGCAGACCGGAGAUCGCUUAUGAAAACGAAAUCCGCACCCCAUGCAGCCCGAGUCCUUGUGGACCGAACGCUGUAUGCCGUGAUCGCAAUGGAGUUGGAUCUUGCCAGUGUCUGCCACAAUAUUUCGGAGAUCCGUACGCGGGUUGUCGCCCGGAGUGCAUGCUCGACUCGGAUUGCCCGUCCAAUAGGGCUUGUCAACAACUGAGAUGCCAGGACCCUUGCCCAGGAACUUGUGGUCUGAAUGCCAACUGCCAAGUGGUGAACCAUUUACCGACAUGCAGUUGCCUCACCGGAUAUGUGGGCGAUCCAUACCGCCUAUGCAACCUGCCGCCAGAACCACCGCGCAACGAGUAUGUGGAUCCCUGUCGACCCAAUCCUUGUGGUACAAAUUCUCAGUGUCGCGUCUCCAAUGAGCAAGCGGUUUGCUCUUGCCUGCCACAGUUUGUGGGAGCGCCACCUUCUUGCCGACCCGAGUGCACUAUUUCCUCGGAGUGUUCUGUGGAUAAGGCGUGUGUCAAUCAGAAAUGCGUGGAUCCCUGCACAGCGGACACUUGCGGAAGCAAUGCCGUAUGCAGAGUUCGAAACCACAGCCCCAUUUGCAGUUGCCUCAGCGGCUUCACUGGCGAUGCUUUCACUCGUUGUUUCCCCAUUCCACCACCGAUUAUUGAGACCAAGGAAGAACCUCUGAGGGAUCCCUGUAUACCAACACCAUGUGGUCCUAACUCCGAGUGUCGCAACAUCAACGGUGUUCCUGCUUGUUCAUGUCUGGCUAACUUCAUCGGCCAGGCACCAAACUGCCGCCCCGAAUGCACGAUAAACUCGGAGUGUCCUAGUCAGCUGGCCUGCAUCAACCAAAAGUGUCGCGAUCCCUGUCCAGGAGCCUGCGGUCAAAACGCUGUUUGCAGUGUCAUUAACCACACUCCACUCUGCGCCUGCAUCGAUGGUUAUAUAGGCAACGCAUUCACCAACUGCAAUCCCAAACCUCCAGAACCUCCAGCACCUCCAGUCGCCGACGAUCCUUGCAACCCAUCGCCUUGCGGAGCCAACGCGCUCUGUCGCAAUGGCCAGUGCUCUUGUAUACCCGAAUACCAGGGAGAUCCGUAUGUCUCCUGUCGCCCAGAGUGUGUUCUCAACACCGAUUGCCCGAGAGAUCGGGCCUGCGUGCGCAACAAGUGCAUCGAUCCCUGCCCCGGAACUUGUGGCGUGAAUGCCCUGUGUGAGGUCACCAACCAUAUUCCCAUUUGCCGCUGCCCAGAGCAGAUGUCCGGCAACGCCUUCUUCGAGUGUCGACCGGUGCCGCCUGCCAAGAUUCAGGAUCCCUGCCAGCCAUCGCCAUGCGGUCCGAACAGUCAGUGUCAGGUGGUGCAACAGACUGCGGUCUGCUCCUGCCUGGCUGACUACGUGGGCAGUCCACCGCGAUGCCGGCCGGAAUGUGUGGCCAACUCCGACUGUCCAGCUGACCAAGCUUGCCAGAAUAUGAAGUGUCGCGACCCUUGCCCCGGAACUUGUGGCUUCAACGCCCUCUGCAACGUGGUCAACCACCGUCCCUUCUGCAGCUGUCCCACUAGCAUGACCGGAAAUCCCUUCGUGAGCUGCCAGCAGCUAAUAAUACGCGAUGAAAGACCUCAAAAUCCAUGCCAGCCUUCGCCUUGUGGGCCCAACUCCGAAUGUCGCGUGUCGGGAGACUCACCUUCUUGUUCUUGCUUGCCCGAAUUUGUGGGUGCCCCGCCAAAUUGCCGACCUGAGUGUAUAUCCAAUUCGGAGUGUCCCACAAACCAGGCCUGCAUUAACCAGAAAUGUGGGGAUCCUUGUCCAGGACUUUGCGGUCAAAAUGCAAAUUGCCGGGUGUUCAGUCACAGUGCCAUGUGCUUGUGUGACAGUGGCUUCACCGGAGAUCCGUUCAGUCAGUGCAGUCCUAUCAGGGAUACUCCUCCCGAAGUUCUGCAGCCCUGCAACCCCAGUCCUUGUGGCGUUAACGCGAAGUGCGAGGAACGUGGUGGUGCAGGAUCAUGCCAGUGCCUGCCUGAUUACUUCGGAAAUCCCUAUGAUGGCUGUCGACCCGAGUGCGUUCUCAACUCUGACUGCCCCUCCAAUUUGGCCUGUGUCAACCAGAAAUGUCGCGAUCCUUGCCCGGGCACCUGUGGCCAAAGCGCCGAGUGCCAGGUGGUCAAUCACCUGGCCACGUGCAAUUGCUUGGUUGGUUAUACCGGAGACCCGUACAGCUUCUGUCGCAUUAUUGUCAACGAGCCACCUGAACGCGUGUACGUGAAUCCUUGCCAGCCGUCUCCUUGCGGUCCGAACUCGCAGUGUCGGGAGAUCAACGAGCAGGGCGUCUGUUCCUGCUUGCCAGAGUUUAUAGGUUCUCCGCCCGCCUGUCGUCCGGAAUGCACCAGUAGCUCGGAAUGCGCUGCUGACAAGGCUUGUGUGAACCGCAAGUGUGUGGACCCUUGUCCAAAUGUUUGCGGUCAGCAGGCUGAGUGCCGCGUGCGCAACCACAAUCCCAUUUGCACCUGUCUCAGUGGAUUCACGGGUGAUCCAUUUACCCGUUGUUACCGUCAGCCGCCGCCACCAGUCGAAAUUGAACGUGAACCCCUCGACCCUUGUGUUCCUUCGCCUUGCGGAGCGAACUCUCAGUGUCGCGAGAUUCACGGCACUCCAUCCUGCUCUUGUCUGCCCCAAUACUUGGGAACUCCACCCAACUGUCGUCCGGAGUGUUCUAUCAAUGCCGAGUGUCCCAGUCAUCAGGCCUGCAUUAAUCAGAAGUGCCGCGAUCCCUGUCCCGGCUCUUGUGGCCUCAACACUUUGUGCAAUGUUAUAAACCACACGCCCAUCUGCAGUUGCGUAGCGGGUUACAUCGGUGACCCAUUCAGUGUUUGCAAUCCGGAGCCAAUUCCAGAGAAAAUACGCGACCCACUGCCGCCGGAGGAUCCGUGCAACCCAUCACCUUGUGGCUCGAAUGCCCAGUGCAACAAUGGAGUGUGUUCUUGCCUGCCCGAAUAUCAUGGCGAUCCGUAUACCGGUUGUCGUCCUGAGUGCGUCCUUCAUACGGAUUGUGACCGUAGUCAGGCUUGUGUGCGUCACAAGUGCGUUGAUCCCUGUCCCGGUAUUUGUGGCACCAACGCAAUAUGCGAAGUUUUGAACCAUAUACCCAACUGCCGCUGUCUGGAAAGAAUGCAAGGCAAUGCCUUCGUUCAGUGCAGCCCAAUUCCACAGCUCGACGUUGUGCAAAAUCCCUGCCAGCCUUCGCCCUGCGGACCCAAUUCUCAGUGUCGCGUUGUUAACCAGCAGGCCAUUUGCACCUGCAUUACGCCUUUCAUAGGAAGUCCACCGUUCUGUCGACCGGAAUGCACCACCAACUCGGAUUGCCCCUUGAACCUGGCCUGUCGCAACCAGAAGUGCAUAGACCCCUGUCCAGGCGUUUGUGGUCGUGGUGCCCAGUGCCAUGUGACCAAUCACAGCCCAUUCUGCCGAUGCUUGGAGCGCUUCACGGGCAAUCCGUUCGUAAGUUGCCAGCAGAUCAUCGAGCCACCGGUGCCACCACCAAGACAAACUUGUCUGCCGUCUCCUUGUGGACCGUACUCGCAGUGCCGUGAAGUGAACGAGUCACCUUCCUGCACUUGUCUGCCGGACUACAUUGGAGCUCCACCAAAUUGCCGGCCUGAGUGCGUUACCAGCUCAGAGUGUCCCACGAACCAAGCCUGCAUUCAGCAGAAGUGUCGCGAUCCUUGUCCAGGACUGUGUGGACAAUCUGCAGAGUGCAGAGUGAUCUCGCACACCCCAAGUUGCGUGUGUCCGGAAGGCAUGGAAGGUGAUCCGUUUACUCUCUGCACAGAGAGGAGGAUUCAGGAACUAGAUCAGUUGGACCCUUGCAAUCCCAGUCCUUGUGGAGUCAAUGCCCGCUGUACCGCUAGACAAGAUGCUGGCUCAUGUCAGUGCUUGCCUGAGUACUUUGGCAAUCCGUAUGAGGGAUGUCGCCCUGAAUGCGUUCUCAACUCGGACUGUCCGUCGAACAGGGCUUGCCAGCAGCAGAAGUGUCAGGAUCCUUGCCCUGGAACUUGCGGUCAGAAUGCGAUCUGUAAUGUCCUGAAUCACGUGCCCAGUUGCAGCUGCACAACAGGAUACUCCGGAGAUCCGUACCGCUCGUGCCUCCCAGAACGUCGCCCAGAACCCGUUAAGGAGUACGUCAAUCCUUGCCAGCCAUCGCCAUGUGGCCCCAAUUCUCAGUGUCGCGAGGUCAAUGAGCAAGCAAUAUGCUCAUGCUUGCCAGAAUAUGUGGGUGCCCCGCCUGUUUGUCGACCCGAGUGUACGAUAUCCUCAGAAUGCCCAAUCGACAAGGCUUGUGUAAACCAGAAAUGCGUAGAUCCCUGUCCAAAUACUUGUGGUGAUCAGGCCAUCUGUCGAGUGGUGAACCACAGCCCCAUUUGUUCCUGUCGCGCCGGUUACACGGGCGAUGCCUUCUAUCGUUGCUUCCCCAAGCCUCCGGUACCACCCACACCUGUGCAAAAGACCCCGGUCGACCCUUGUGUGCCCUCUCCUUGCGGGCCCUACUCGCAGUGCCGCGCCCAGGGAGAUGCUCCCGCUUGCUCCUGCUUAAGUGGAUACUUGGGAGUUCCUCCCAACUGCCGUCCCGAGUGCCGCAUCAACGCCGAGUGCCCCAGCAGUCAGGCGUGUAUUAACGAAAAGUGCAGGGAUCCCUGUCCGGGCUCCUGCGGCUAUGGUGCCAUUUGUAAUGUGAUCAAUCACACGCCUAGUUGCACCUGCCCGGCGGGAUACUCGGGUGAUCCGUUCAGUCAGUGCCAGCCCUUGCCACCACCGCCACCAACACCGGUCAAACUGGACGAUCCGUGCAACCCCUCGCCUUGCGGUCCGAAUGCUCAAUGCAACAAUGGAGUCUGCUCGUGUAUUCCCGAGUACCAUGGCGACCCCUACAGCGGUUGCCGUCCCGAGUGCAUCACCAGCGCAGAUUGCUCACGUGAGCUCGCCUGCUCGCGCCACAAGUGCUUCGAUCCUUGCCCGGGAACCUGUGCCCCCAACGCCAUUUGCACUGUGAUCAAUCACGUGCCCAUGUGCACUUGUCCGGAGGGCUAUAAUGGCAAUGCGUUCGUUCAGUGCCAACCUGCACCACCCCCUGUUCGCAUUCAGCCUUGCCAGCCCUCUCCGUGUGGACCCAACUCCCAAUGCCGCGAGGUUAACCAGCAAGCUGUGUGCUCCUGUGUGUCGGGAUACUUUGGAACGCCGCCACUCUGUCGUCCGGAGUGCACAUCCAACUCGGAGUGCCCCACCCAUCUGGCGUGUGUGAACCAAAGGUGCAGUGAUCCUUGUCCCGGGUCCUGUGGUCGCAAUGCGCAGUGCAGUGUGGUCAACCACAAUCCCUUCUGUACUUGCUUGCCACGCUUUACUGGCAAUCCGUUCGUGGGUUGUCAGCAGAUUAUCGAGCCACCGCGUCAGGACAUUGUGCCUCAGGAUCCUUGCCGUCCUUCGCCUUGUGGUCCCAACUCUGAAUGCCGCGCUGUGGGUGAAACGCCCACUUGUACGUGUCUUGCUGAUUUCGUGGGAUCACCGCCCUAUUGCAAGCCCGAAUGUGUGGCCAACUCUGAGUGCCCUUCGAACUUGGCUUGCAUUAAUCAGAAGUGUCGCGAUCCUUGUCCCGGUUUGUGCGGUUUCAGUGCCUCUUGCCGCGUAGUUUCCCACACAGCAAUGUGCAUUUGCGAUGCCGGCUUGACCGGGGAUCCCUUCACCCAAUGCCAGCCCAUUGUGCAGGAUGUGGAGAUCAUCAAUCCCUGCCAACCGUCGCCUUGUGGCGCCAAUGCCGAGUGCAUCCAACGAAAUGGAGCUGGAGCCUGUCAGUGUCUUACGGACUAUUUUGGAAACCCGUACGAGGGCUGUCGACCGGAGUGUGUUUUGAACUCGGACUGUCCUUCGAACAGAGCCUGUCAACAGCAGAAGUGCCGAGAUCCCUGCCCCGGAAGCUGUGGACAGAACGCCGAGUGCAAUGUCGUGAACCACACGCCGAUGUGCAACUGCUUCGCGGGAUAUAUUGGCGAUCCCUAUCGCUACUGUAGCCAACCGCCAGAACCUGUUGUCCAUGAGUAUGUGAACCCCUGUCAACCGUCUCCCUGCGGACCGAAUUCCAAUUGUCGCGAGGUGAACGAGCAGGCCGUCUGCUCCUGUCGUCCCGAGUUCGAAGGUGCCCCGCCCAACUGCCGACCCCAGUGCACCUCGAGCUCUGAGUGCGCCCCCAAUAGGGCGUGCAUAAACCAAAAGUGCGUUGAUCCCUGUCCCGGUGUCUGUGGCCAGCAGGCAAUCUGCGAGGUGCGCAACCACAGCCCCAUUUGUAGGUGUCCCACCGGCAUGGCCGGCGAUCCCUUCGUGCGCUGCCUGCCCCGACCAAUAAUUCCCCAACCGCCCCUGAGGGACUUAGUUCCCUACCGCGAUCCCUGUGUGCCCUCACCCUGUGGUCUGUACUCAUCCUGCCGGAAUCAACAGGAUCAAGCUAUUUGCUCGUGCUUGCCAAACUACUUCGGCACUCCGCCGCAUUGUCGUCCCGAGUGUACCAUCAAUGCGGAGUGCCCCAGUCACUUGGCCUGCAUCGGCGAACGGUGCCGAGAUCCCUGUCCCGGUGCAUGUGGUCAGCAGACCGAGUGCCGGGUCAUCAGUCACGUCCCCAGUUGUGUUUGCCUGCGGGGCUAUGUGGGCGAUGCCUUCCUGGCCUGCCACCCUGCACCACCCCCACCAGCCCGAGAAGAGCCACGCGAUCCCUGCAAUCCCAGUCCCUGCGGCAGCAAUGCCAUCUGCUCGAAUCAGGGAGAGUGCACCUGUCUGGCCGACUAUCAGGGCGAUCCCUACGUGGCCUGCAGACCCGAGUGUGUUUUGAGUUCAGAGUGUCCCCGAAACCUGGCCUGCGUACAGCAGAAGUGUACUGAUCCUUGUCCAGGAACCUGUGGCAUCAAUGCCAUCUGCGAUGUGGUCAACCACAUUGCAAUGUGCCAUUGUCCCGAGAGAAUGACGGGCAAUGCCUUUGUGCAGUGUUCCCCAGUGCAACUGGAUGUAUACCGUAACCCAUGUAAUCCCUCGCCUUGUGGCUCCAAUGCCGUAUGUCGAGAACAAAAUGGUCAAGCUGUGUGCAGCUGCCUUCCCAACUACUUUGGGGUACCGCCCUCUUGUCGACCAGAGUGUACCACCAACUAUGAUUGUUCCCCAAGCUUGGCUUGCCAAAACCAGCGGUGCGUUGACCCCUGUCCAGGAUCCUGUGGGGCCUAUGCCGAAUGCCGAACUGUGAGCCACAGUCCUAUCUGUAGUUGCAGACCCGGCUACACGGGCAAUCCCAUCGUCCAGUGCCACCUGAUUAUUGAACCUCAACGAGACCUUGUGCCCCAAGAUCCCUGCCAGCCUUCACCUUGUGGACCCAACAGCGAGUGUCGUCGAGUGGGAGACACGCCCUCCUGCUCUUGCCUCUCGAACUUCUUUGGCACUCCACCCAACUGCCGGCCCGAAUGUGUUUCCAACUCCGAGUGCAGCCAGCUGCAUGUUUGCACGAAUAACCGCUGCAGGGAUCCGUGUCCGGGUCUCUGCGGCACCGAUGCCGUUUGUCGGGUGAUCAGCCAUAGUGCUAUGUGCUACUGCCAGCCGGGUUACAGCGGCGAUCCAUUCGUUCGUUGUGCACCACACAUUCAGAGAGAACCGGUUAAGAUUGUGCAGCCUUGCAACCCGAAUCCUUGUGGCUCCUUUGCCGAGUGUCGGCAGCAGAACGGAGUCGGCUCCUGUCAAUGUCUGCCGGAAUACUUCGGCAAUCCUUACGAGGGAUGUCGCCCCGAGUGUGUGGUCGACACCGACUGCCCCUCUCAGCUGGCCUGUGUCAAUCAGAAGUGCCGUGAUCCCUGCCCCGGAAGUUGUGGCCAAAAUGCCGAAUGCUUUGUGCGCAACCACUUGCCGACUUGCAACUGCCUCAGCGGCUAUGUGGGUGACCCCUAUCGCUACUGCAACAUCGAACAGAAACCAAUUCGGGAAUAUGUCAACCCCUGUCAACCGUCUCCUUGCGGACCCAACUCUCAGUGUCGUGAACAAAAUGGUGUGGCCACCUGCUCCUGUCUUCCGGAGUAUGUGGGCACUCCGCCGGGAUGCCGGCCUGAGUGUACGGUUUCUUCAGAGUGCAGUCUUGACAAGGCCUGCGUUCGUCACAAGUGCAUUGACCCUUGUCCUGGGGCCUGCGGCAGUUCUGCCAGUUGCCGGGUUGUGAACCAUGCUCCACUCUGCUCUUGUCAUGCAGGUUUUACAGGCGAUCCAUUCACACGUUGUUACCCCAUUCCCCCUCCACCUACGCAUAUUGUCCAAGACGUAGUGCGUGAUCCUUGCCAACCCUCGCCUUGUGGAGCGAAUGCUCAAUGCAGACAGUCCCAGGGCCAAGCCAUCUGCUCCUGUCUGCCCAACUACUUUGGUGUCCCGCCCAAUUGUCGACCUGAGUGCACACAAAGCUCGGAGUGCCUUCCCAGUCUGGCCUGCAUCAAUCAGCGAUGCGCGGAUCCCUGUCCCGGCUCCUGUGCCUACAACGCCCUUUGUCACGUGCGCAACCACGUGCCCAGUUGUCAGUGCCCAGUGGGCUAUGUGGGUGAUCCGUUCACCAGCUGCCAUCCCGAACCUCCUCCGCCACCGACUCCCAUUGCCCUUGACGACCCGUGCAAUCCUUCCCCCUGCGGAGCAAAUGCCCUGUGCCAGAAUGGCCAAUGUUCGUGUAUAGCCGAGUACCAAGGAGAUCCCCAUGUUGGCUGUCGCCCGGAGUGUGUGUUGAAUGCGGAUUGUCCGCGCAAUCGGGCUUGUGUUCGUCACAAGUGUGUGGAUCCCUGUCCGGGGACGUGUGCCCCCAACGCCAUUUGCGAUGUGCUGAACCACAUAGCCAUGUGUCGCUGUCCGGAGCGAAUGACAGGCAACGCCUUCAUUCAGUGCGAGUCUCCGCCAGUUUCGCUGGCACCUCCGGAUCCUUGCUAUCCCUCGCCCUGUGGGCCAAAUAGUCGCUGUCGCGUGUUGAACAACAACGCUGUGUGUUCCUGCAUUGAGGACUUCAUUGGAACGCCACCCAAUUGUCGACCGGAAUGUACCCAUAACUCGGAUUGCCUGCCUAGAUUGGCAUGCCAGAGGCAGCAUUGCAUGGAUCCUUGUCCAGGAACUUGUGGCUUCAACGCUCUUUGCCACGUGGUGAAUCAUGCACCGAUUUGCACUUGCCCACCAAGGCACAAUGGAAACCCCUUCCUCGGCUGUUUCCCAGAACCUGUGAGACGUGAUGAGAUCAUUCCACGGCAUCCAUGCCAGCCUUCUCCCUGUGGUCCAUAUGCCAAGUGCUUGGCCGUGGGAGACCAGGCGCAGUGCAGCUGCUUGCCUGAAUACAUAGGAACACCGCCGAACUGCCGGCCAGAAUGCGUGACCAAUUCGGAGUGUCCGUUCGAUAAGGCCUGUCUCAACCAACGAUGCCGCGAUCCCUGCCCAGGAACCUGUGGGGCAAAUGCCAAUUGCCACGUUAUAAGUCAUGCUGCCAUGUGCUACUGUCUACCAGGCUACACAGGCGAUCCAUUCACGUCCUGCCGUCAGGUUCCAUUGAUUCAGCAAGCCGAGGUUAUCCAGCCAUGCUCACCAAAUCCGUGUGGAGCCAAUGCCGUGUGUCGCCAAGAAGGCAAUGUGGGUUCCUGCCAAUGCUUGCCCGAAUACUACGGCAAUCCAUACGAGAUCUGCCGUCCGGAGUGCGUUACGAAUAACGACUGCCCGGCGCACAAGUCCUGUCAGCAGAUGAAGUGUCGCGAUCCCUGCCCAGGAGUCUGUGCCUUGAAUGCUUUGUGUCGUGUGAUCAAUCACCUGCCUACUUGUCAUUGCCAAAACGGCCUAGUUGGUGACCCCUACCGCUACUGCCAAGUUCCCGAGAAACCUGUUCUUAAAGAAUAUGUCAAUCCCUGCCAGCCAUCGCCUUGUGGCUCAAAUUCUCAGUGCCGCGAAAACAACGAGCAGGCCAUCUGCUCAUGCCUUCCUGAGUAUGUGGGUACUCCGCCCAAUUGUCGACCAGAAUGUGUCACUAGUGCAGAGUGUCCUCAUGACAAGGCGUGCAUUAGGCAAAAGUGUAGUGAUCCCUGCCCUGGUGUUUGUGGCUCCAAUGCCGAUUGCCGCGUCAUCCAGCAUGCCCCAAUCUGUAGUUGUCGACCUGGUUUCACAGGAGACGCCUUCACUCGCUGCUUGCCCCUGCCACCCCCACGACCACCCCAGUUGGAUGUGUAUCGAAAUCCAUGUGUACCCUCGCCUUGUGGUCAAUACGCAGAGUGCCGGGAUAACCAGGGAACUGCCACCUGCAGUUGUCUGCCCUCCUACUUCGGCACUCCACCCAACUGCCGUCCCGAGUGCACCAUCAACCCAGACUGCCCCGCUCAUCUUUCUUGCCAACAGCAGCGUUGUCGCGAUCCCUGCCCCGGAGCCUGUGGAUUCAAUGCCCUGUGCACGGUUAUAAACCACAAUCCCACGUGUCAAUGUGCUCCUGGACUGAUCGGCAACCCCUUCACAUCCUGCCAUGCCCCACCGCCAGUCGCACGGGAUCCCCUACCAAUCGAGGAUCCCUGCUCUCUGAUAACUUGCGGUGUGAAUGCAGUUUGCAACCAGGGACAGUGCAUCUGUCUGCCUGAAUUCGUGGGUAACCCAUUGGUGGGUUGUCGUCCAGAAUGUGUGCUUAGCACGGAAUGCGACUGGAACAAGGCGUGCGUGAGGAACAAGUGCAUCGAUCCCUGUCCUGGAACCUGCGGAUCCAAUGCCAUCUGCGAGGUGCACAGACACGUGGCCAUGUGCCACUGUCCACCGGGAAUGACUGGAAAUGCCUUCAGCCAAUGUCGACCUCUACCACCAGCUCCGAUUCGCGAUGUCAUUGAUCCUUGCUCACCUUCGCCGUGCGGACCAAAUGCCCAGUGCCGCAACAUCAACGGACAGGCAGUGUGCUCUUGCCUCCGCGAUUUCGUGGGAGUUCCACCAUCAUGCCGACCAGAGUGCGUCAGCAACGCGGAGUGCCCGCUGCAUUUGGCUUGUCUCCAGCAACAUUGUAGAGAUCCCUGUCCCGGAGUUUGUGGCUUGAACGCUGAGUGCCGUGUGAUCAAUCACAGUCCGAACUGCCAUUGCAUUGGCUCCUUUACGGGAAAUCCAUUCGUGGCUUGUCACCGGCAACCACCGCCACCGAUUAGGAGAGACCCCAUUGAUCCUUGUCAGCCAUCACCAUGUGGAGCUAAUGCGGAGUGUCGAUCCCAGGGAAGCAAUGCCCAAUGCAAUUGCCUUGAUGGCUUUAUUGGUACACCACCCAAUUGCCGACCAGAGUGUGUGUCUAACUCGGACUGUCCCACGAAUCUGGCUUGUCUGAAUCAGAAGUGCCGCGAUCCCUGUCCAGGUGUUUGUGGCUCAAAUGCCGAGUGCUAUGUGAUCAAUCACACUCCCAUGUGCACAUGCGCGGCUGGACAAACCGGCAAUCCUUUCGUGGGCUGUCAAGCAGUGCGUGAUGUUCCCCAACCGCUUACACCCUGUGUUCCCAGUCCUUGCGGAGCCAACGCUCUCUGUACGGAGAGGAAUGGAGCUGGAGCCUGCCAGUGCCUUCCGGAGUUCUACGGCAAUCCCUACGAGGGCUGCCGACCCGAGUGCGUGCUCAACUCAGACUGCCCCAGCCACCUGGCUUGUCUCAACCAACACUGCCGCGAUCCCUGCCCCGGAACCUGUGGUCCAAAUGCCCAGUGUCAAGUGCGCGAUCACCUGCCGCAAUGCAACUGCCUUGCGGGAUACCAGGGCAACCCCUACGUGUACUGCAGCGUCCUGCGUGAACCCCUGCCCGAACCGAUUCCCUUACGCCCAUGUCAGCCAUCUCCUUGCGGUCCCAACUCUCAGUGUCGGGAGUCGAUCAACCAGGCAAUAUGCAAGUGCCUGCCCGACUUCAUUGGAUCCCCGCCCGCCUGUAGGCCGGAGUGUACUAUUUCCAGCGAGUGUGAUUUGACCCUGGCGUGUGUCCAGCAACACUGUGUCGAUCCCUGUCCAGGUGUCUGUGGCAGCAGUGCCCAAUGUAGGGUCAUUAACCACAGUCCGCACUGUAGCUGCCUGCCUGGUUUCACGGGUGAUGCCAUUAGUGGUUGCCAACGCAUCCCCCCUGCGAUUACUUACGAUGCCCCCAAGGAAACCUAUCGCGAUCCCUGUGUACCCUCUCCCUGCGGAACCUUUGGCCAGUGUCGUGCCCAGGGCAACCAGGCGAUCUGCUCUUGCCUUACUGGCUACUAUGGAGCACCGCCUAAUUGCCGGCCAGAGUGUGUGAUAAAUCCGGAUUGUGCCUCUCAUUUGGCUUGUAUCAGUGAAAAGUGUCGCGAUCCGUGUCCCGGUUCUUGUGGGUUCAAUGCCCAGUGCAACGUCAUCAACCACACACCCAUUUGCAGUUGCCCAUCGGGUUAUGAGGGCAAUCCCUUCGUGAGCUGCCAACGAACUCCACCACCACCAACUCCAAUCCUUCGCGAUGCCUGCAAUCCCUCGCCUUGCGGCUCCAAUGCGAUCUGCAGUUCGGGAGGCCAGUGCACAUGUCUGCCUGACUUCGAGGGCAAUCCCUACGUGGGUUGUCGACCCGAGUGUGUCCUAAACACAGACUGUUCGAGGGACAAGGCCUGCCAGCGCAGCAAGUGCACUGAUCCCUGUCCAGGAGCUUGUGGUGUUGGAGCAGUUUGCGAGGUUCGCAACCAUGUACCCACAUGUACUUGCCCGCCCGGAACUUCCGGCAACGCGUUCGUCCAGUGUACCCUUGUGCAAUCUUCACCUGUGGUGCCCCUGAACCCUUGCCAACCAUCGCCGUGUGGAAACAACGCCCAAUGCCGAGAGGUCAACGAGCAGGCCAUCUGCUCUUGCUUACCCGGUUACUUUGGUGUCCCUCCGAGGUGCCGCCCCGAGUGCACCAUUAACUCGGACUGUGCCCCUCACCUCGCCUGCUCGAAUCAGCAGUGCCGCGAUCCCUGUCCUGGAGCUUGUGGGCAGUUUGCUCAGUGCCAAGUCAUCCGACAUGUGCCCCACUGUAGUUGUCCCUCAGGUUUCUCAGGCAAUGCCUUCUUCCUCUGCCACCGUGUGCCACCACCACCACCAGUUCAAAGGGAGCCACUCAACCCUUGCUCACCAUCGCCAUGCGGAGCCAAUGCGGAGUGCUCUGAUCAAAAUGGCCAGGCCAUUUGCAAGUGCCUCAAGGAUUAUGUGGGCACACCCCCCAACUGUCGACCGGAGUGCAUAACCUCUUCGGAGUGUCCGAAUCAGUUGGCUUGUAUUGCGCAGAAAUGCAAGGAUCCUUGCCCUGGGCUUUGCGGAAACGCAGCCACCUGCCAAGUAGUCAGCCACGUGCCUUCAUGCAUCUGCAUUGCGGACUACAUUGGUGACCCGUACACUGGAUGCCACCCUCGACCGCAGAUUCAGCGGGAGCAGAUCAAUCCCUGCUUCCAGAACCCGUGCGGAAGCAAUGCCGUUUGCAGAGAACGCGGAGGAGCCGGUUCGUGUCAGUGCUUGCCGGAAUACUACGGCAACCCCUACGAGGGAUGUCGUCCCGAAUGCGUACUCAACUCGGACUGUUCGAGCCACUUGGCUUGCCUGAAUCAACAUUGUCGCGAUCCCUGCCCAGGAAGCUGUGCCCCCAAUGCCCAGUGUCAAGUGGUUAACCACGUGCCCAGCUGUAGUUGCUACCCCGGAUACAGUGGUGAUCCAUAUCGCCAUUGUCAUGUCGUCCAGGCGGAACCCACACCUCCGGAAUACGUGAACCCUUGUCAACCGUCGCCGUGCGGAGCCAAUUCUCAGUGUCGCGAGUCCCAGGGACAGGCCAUCUGCUCCUGUCUGCCAGAAUUUGUGGGCACUCCGCCAUCGUGUCGUCCGGAAUGUGUGAUCAGUGCCGAGUGUCCUUCGGACAAGGCGUGCAUCAACCAAAAGUGCCAGGAUCCGUGUCCCGGAGCCUGUGGCUUGAACGCCCAGUGCCAUGUGCGCAACCACAGUCCGCUGUGUUCGUGCCAGCCAGGAUUCACCGGCGAUGCCCUGACCCGCUGUCUGCCAGUACCGCCACCGAAACCACCGCAAAAGGAGGAGAUCCGCGAUCCUUGCGUGCCUUCGCCUUGUGGACCGUACUCGCAAUGUCGGGUGGUCAAUGGCGGAGCCAGUUGCAGCUGCCUUCCGAAUUACAUGGGAUCGGCGCCGUACUGCAGACCGGAGUGCACCAUCAAUGCGGAGUGUCCCAGCAAUCUGGCCUGCAUCAACGAGAAGUGCCGUGAUCCAUGUCCCGGAGCCUGCGGCUUUGCCGCCCAGUGUAGUGUCAUCAAUCAUACGCCCAGUUGUUCGUGUCCCACCGGUUACACGGGAGAUCCGUUCACCAGCUGUCGCUUGUUGCCACCACCGCCACCUCCAAAGACUCCCUCAGAUCCCUGCCAGCCUUCACCCUGCGGAGCCAAUGCCCUCUGCAACAAUGGUCAGUGCUCUUGCCUGCCGGAAUAUCAAGGCGAUCCCUACAUUGGUUGCCGACCCGAGUGCGUUUUGAACUCGGAGUGUCCCAGGAACAGGGCCUGUGUGAACCAGAAGUGCGUCGAUCCUUGUCCAGGACAUUGUGGAGCCAAUGCGCUCUGCGAUGCCGUCAACCACAUUGCCAUGUGCCACUGCCCCGAGCGGAUGACGGGCAAUGCGUUCGUCUCCUGCCAGCCGAUACGCGACGAACCACCGCCACCGACGCCCAAUCCCUGCCAGCCCUCGCCGUGCGGAGCCAAUGCCCAGUGUCUGGAGAGGAAUGGCAAUGCCAUCUGCUCCUGCCUCACUGGCUACUUUGGCCAGCCGCCCAACUGCCGCCUGGAGUGCUACUCCAGCUCCGACUGCGCCCAAGUGCACACAUGCAUCAACAACAAGUGCGUGGACCCGUGUCCAGGAAAAUGUGGCCAGAAUGCCGUUUGCCAGGCCAUCCAACACAGAGCUCACUGCGAGUGCAUCCCGAGAUACACCGGAAAUGCCUAUGUUCUGUGCAAUCCCAUUCCCGUGCCCCGGGUACCCGAAAUAGCUCGCGAUCCUUGUCAACCGUCGCCUUGUGGUCCCAACUCCCAGUGCAGAAAUGUGAACGAGCAGGCGGAGUGCCGCUGUCUGCCGGAAUUCCAGGGAACCCCGCCGAAUUGCCGACCCGAGUGCGUCAGCCACGAUGAGUGCGCCAACCACCUGGCUUGCAUGAACCAGAAGUGCGGCGAUCCCUGUCCCGGAAGCUGCGGCCAGGGUGCCCAGUGCUCGGUCAGCCUGCACACUCCCAUCUGCCAGUGCCCCGUGGGCAUGACUGGCGAUCCCUUCCGACUCUGCCGACCUAUUCCCCUUGAAGAACCGAAGGUCCCGCCGACUCCUAAGAACCCGUGCUACCCCUCACCAUGUGGAACCAACGCACUUUGCCGCGUCCAAGGAGACAACUUCGUUUGCGAGUGCAGUCCGUCGGACUACAUUGGCAAUCCCUACGAGGGCUGUCGCCCCGAGUGCGUGGGCAACUCCGAGUGUCCGGCCAACCAGGCCUGCAUCCGCAGCAAGUGCCAGGAUCCCUGUCCAGGAGUGUGUGGCCUGGAGGCCAUUUGCAGCAUGAACAACCACAUUCCGAUCUGCUCCUGCCCGCCAGGAUACACUGGCAACGCGUUUGCCCAGUGCACCCGUCAACUGACCCCGCCUCCUCCAUCGGAUCCCUGCUACCCGUCGCCAUGUGGACCCAACUCGAUCUGCCGGAAACAGAACGACAAGGCUGUGUGCGAGUGCUUGCCAGGAUUCUUCGGUAAUCCCCUGGUGCAGGGCUGUCGCCCGGAGUGCACCCUCAGCUCGGACUGUCCCAAGGAUCGGGCCUGCAUCAACUCCAAGUGCGUGGACGCCUGCGUGGGAGAGUGUGGAUUCGGAGCCGUUUGCCAGACGAUCAACCACAGUCCGGUGUGCAGUUGCCCCGGAAAGAUGGUCGGAAAUCCCUUCGUUCAGUGCGAGGAGCCGCGCCAGGCCGAACCAGUUGAUCCCUGCCAGCCAUCGCCGUGUCGCAGCAACGGAAUCUGCCGCGUGUACAACGGAGCUGCCACCUGCAGCUAUCCGGAGUGCGUGAUCAACGAGGAUUGCUCGAGGGAUAGGGCCUGCGUUAGUCAGAAGUGCCGCGAUCCUUGCCUGAAUGCCUGCGGCAUCAAUGCCAUUUGUCGGGCCAUCAACCACAAGGCCGUCUGCAGUUGUCCACCGGAAUUCUACGGCUCUCCCUAUGCCCAGUGUUUGAGGCAGAUACCGGAGCAGCCGCCAAAGCCGGAGUGCAUCAGCGACGGAGAUUGUACCAACGACAAGGCGUGCAUCAACCAGGUUUGCCGCAAUCCCUGCGAGCAAUCGAACCUGUGCGCCCCACAGGCGCGUUGCCACGUCCAACUGCAUCGACCACUCUGUGUCUGCAAUGAAGGAUACACCGGAAAUGCACUGCAGAACUGCUACCUUCUGGGUUGCCGAUCGGAUGGAGAGUGCGCCGCCAACGAGGCCUGCAUCAACCAGCAAUGUGUGGACCCCUGUGGAUUCACUCAGUGCGGAACCGGAGCCAUUUGCCGGGCGGACUUCAACCAUCGAGCCAGGUGCCAUUGUCUGGAGGGAUACCGCGGCAAUCCUCUGGUGCGUUGCGAGCGUCCAGAGUGUCGCUCGGAUGAGGAGUGCGCCUUCCACCUGGCCUGCCGCAAUGAACGCUGCGAGGAUCCUUGCAACUGUGGCAUUGGAGCCCAGUGCCGCGUGGAGAACCAUCGCGCUCAGUGCCGUUGCCCAGCCGGAUUCAGUGGUAAUCCGGCAGUGCGAUGCGAAUUGGUGCCAACUCAGCCGGAGGGAUGCACCAUGGACGCCGAGUGCCCCAGCAAACUGGCCUGCUUCGGAGGAGAGUGCAAGAACCCGUGCGAUGUGACGCAUCCUUGUGGCGCCAACGCCAUCUGCGAGGUGGUGGACACCCUUCCUCUGCGCACCAUGAUGUGCAGCUGUCUGCCUGGCUACGUGGGUGAGGCAGACAUUGGAUGUCACAAAGAACCCCCGCGAGAUCAAGGCUGCACCUCGCAUGAUCAGUGCCAGGAUACGGAAGCCUGCAGAGGUGGAAACUGUGUCAAUCCUUGUCUGGAUUCGUCGCCUUGUGCGCGAACAGCCCAGUGUUUGGCCCAGCAACAUCGCGCCAUUUGCAGCUGUCCGGAAAGAACGCAGGGAGAUCCAUUCACCAACUGCUACGAGCCACCUGAAAUCAAGACUGGCUGCACUCACGAUUCGGAAUGCGAGCCGACAACGGCCUGCAUCAACAAACGCUGCCAGGAUCCUUGUGCCGAGGCGAAUCCUUGCGCCGGAAAUGCCGAGUGCCGCGUGCAGAACUCCCGUCCGAUUUGCUUCUGUCCAGCUGGUUGGGGUGGCGAUCCACAGGUUCAAUGCUACAAACCUGAGUGCAAGAUCAAUGCCGACUGUCCUUACGACAAGACCUGCUUGAACGAGAACUGCGUGGAUCCCUGCACCCAUGGCCAAGUGCGCUGCGGCAGUGGAGCCCAGUGCCUGGCGCAGAACCACCAGGCUGUGUGCAUCUGCCCGUCGGGAACGCAGGGCAACCCCUUCAUCUCCUGCAUCACGGGUCACUGCCAGUACAACGAGGACUGUGCGGAUCACGAGGCCUGCGAUCGACUGAAUCGCGUCUGCCGACCGGUUUGUGAUCUGGAGACCUGUGCCCUGAACGCCAUCUGUGUGGGUCGUCGCCACCAGCCGCAGUGCGAGUGCCGACCGGGAUACCAGGGCAAUCCGCAUGUGCAGUGCGAUAUUCCAGUGAAGACACCAAAGCCACAAUGUACCCAGGAUGGCGACUGUCCCUCGAAACUGGCCUGCAUCAACGAGCGUUGCGCAGAUCCUUGUGCCACGCCCCAUGUGUGCACUCCGCAACAGACCUGCACCGUAUUGGACACCCUACCCAAGCGGGCCAUGGCCUGCAAGUGUCCUGGAGACACCGUGACGGAUAUCUCGCGCAACUGCGUGCCCAUCAAUGUGCCCAAGGUCGUGACUGGCUGCCAGCACAACUCGGAGUGCGCCAAUCCCGAAAUCUGCUCGAAUGGAAACUGCCUGGAUGCAUGCCGACUGGAGAGGUGUGGCGUGAAUGCCCAGUGCACCGCCAGGGAUCACUAUGCCCAGUGCAGCUGCCCGAAGGGCUACCAGGGCAAUCCGCGCAUCGAGUGCUACACCACCGAGGUGGACAGACCGAGGAUACCCACGCCGGGAUGUUCGCGCAACAACGACUGCCCCAGGGACCAGAUCUGCCGCAACGAGCUGUGCGAGAGUCCUUGCGCCUCGGAUGCCUGCGGAAUCGGCGCCUACUGCCACGUGCAGCAGCGCAAGGCCAUCUGCCGCUGUCCACCUGGAUACUCCGGCAAUCCACAAGAUCGCUGUGUGCCACCAUCCGAUGUCAUCCUGGUGGGCUGCAAGUCCAGCACCGACUGUCCCGCGACCGAGGCCUGCAUCAACACCCAGUGCGUGAGUCCCUGCAACUGCGGACCGAAUGCCGAGUGCACGGUAAGGAACCAUCAUCCGAUUUGCUACUGCAAGCCUGGCUUCUCCGGAAACGCGCAGUUUGGCUGCUCGCCCAUUGGCUGCCAGUCGGACGACGAGUGCAGCGGCGACAAGCAGUGCCUCAACCGCGAAUGCAUCAAUCCCUGCCUGGCCAGCGAUCCUUGUGCCCUGAACGCCGAGUGCUUCGGUCGCAAUCAUCGCGCCAACUGCCGCUGUCCCGUGGGACUGGAGGGAGAUCCGUUUGUGCGCUGCCUGCGCCUGGAAUGCCACUCGGACUACGAUUGUGCCUCCAACCUCGCCUGCGUGUCCAACGAAUGCGUGAGUCCCUGCGGUCAGAGGAACCCCUGUGCCCAGAACGCCCUCUGCCAGGCUCUGCAGCAUCGCGCUGUCUGCCGCUGUCCGGAUCAACGACCUCUGGGCAAUCCGUACGCCUACUGCGAACCCAGACUCCAGGAGCCAGUGUGCCGCGACGAUGGAGAUUGCCCCAGCAAGCUGGCCUGCAUCGACGACAAGUGCCAGAACCCGUGCACCUCGCUCUCGCCCUGCCACCCAACUGCCCAGUGCAGUGUGCUGGACAGCGUUCCGGUCCGAACGAUGGUCUGUGAGUGCGCCGAGUACGAGGUGCCCGAUGCCAGUGGAGCGUGCCGCAAGGUGGUGCCACCUAGGCAGCCUGGCUGCGAGAGCGACCAGGACUGUCCAGACCAGGAGGCCUGCAUCCACGCCCAGUGCCGCAACCCGUGCAACUGCGGCACCAACGCCGUCUGCCAGGUGACCCAGCACCGCGCCGUGUGCAGCUGCCAGGACGGAUUCGAGGGCAACCCGUACGCCUCCUGUCGCUCCAUCGGCUGUCGCGUGGACGGCGAAUGCGACUCGGGCAAGGCCUGCAUCAACGGCGACUGCAUCAACCCCUGUCUAAUCAACGAUCCCUGCGGACCCAUCGCCGAGUGCUACGUGCAGUCGAACCGCGCCCAGUGCCGCUGCCUGAGUGGCUACCGGGGUAAUCCCUACGAGCGCUGCCGCGUCAUCGGCUGCAGCAGCAACAACGACUGUCCCACGGACAAGACCUGCCAGAACGAGCAGUGCGUGAAUCCCUGCGUCUACCACAACCCGUGUGCCCCGCGUGCCGAGUGUCGGGCCCAGAACCACCUGGCCGUGUGCCGCUGUCCCGCCGACUUCCUGGGCAAUCCCUACGUAGACUGCCGACCGGCUCCGCAGCCCAUCUGCCAGCUGGACACCGACUGUCCCGGCCGACUGGCUUGCAUCAACGAGCAGUGCGUGGAUCCCUGCGUGGUGCUGGAGCCCUGCCAAAGACCUGCUCUCUGUGAAGUCACCCCCACGGCGCCGGUGCGCACGAUGCUCUGCAUCUGCCCGGAUGGCUAUGUGAGCCGCGGAUCGGGAGGCUGCAAGCCGACGCCAGGAAUCAAGGAGGUGGGCGGCUGCAUCUCGGACUCGGACUGUCCGGCGGACAAGGCCUGUCUGAACAGCGUCUGCCGGGAUCCGUGCAACUGCGGCCUGAACGCCGAGUGCCGCAUCAAGGACCACAAGCCGGUGUGCACGUGUCGCCAAGGAUUCGAGGGCAACCCCGAGUUCGAGUGCGCCAAGAUCGAGUGCAGCAUCAACUCGGACUGUCCGGGAUCGCACGUGUGCCGCAACCAGCUCUGCAUCCCCGCCUGCCAGGGCGAGCAGUGUGGCAGCAAUGCCCAGUGCCUGGCCAUCGAGCAUCGGGCGGUGUGCGAGUGCAUUCCCGGACAUGGCGGCAACGCCAGGAUCGCCUGCACUCCGCUGGGCUGUCGCUCCGACGACGAGUGCCCCACGGACAAGGCCUGCGUCAAUGGUAAGUGCAACGAUCCCUGCACCACGACCGCCAUUUGCGGACACGACGAGCUCUGCAAGGUGUACCAGCACCGGCCGCAGUGUGCCUGCCCAGCGGGAACUGUGCCCGGCAAGAACGGCUGCGAGUCGGAGCGCCAUGUGCCCAUAUGCAUCAGCGACGCGGACUGUCCCAGCCAGAAGGCCUGUCUGCGCGGCGAGUGCGUGAAUCCCUGCAAUGCCACCCAGCCGUGCGGAGUGAACGCCUUCUGCAGCGUUCGGGAUACAUUACCUGUUAGGACGAUGAUCUGCGAGUGCCUGGAGGGAUACACCGGCAACCCGGCCGUGCAGUGCGACAAGCGAUCGCUGUGCGUCAUCGAGAAGGGCUUCGUUAGGGAUGUGGAUGGACAGUGUGUGUGUCCGCCUGGAACCGCUCUGGACAUCUACGAGUACUGCACCCCGUGCCGCGAGGAGCAGGGCUUCCGCAUCGACGAGAGCGGCCACUGUGUGUGCGCUCUGGAGCGCGGAAUGGUGAUCGACGAGCGCGGUCGCUGCACCUGUCCCAUCGAGCUGGGCUACCGGCUGACGCCCCGCGGGGAAUGCCAGCCGGAGGAGCCGCCAGAGUGCACCAGCAACGAGCAGUGCGCCGACAACCGGUUCUGCAACCUGGACACCAAGACCUGCGAGGAUCCCUGCCUGACCAAGGUGUGUGGCGUGAACGCCUUCUGCAAUGCGGUGAACCACCGGGCCCAGUGCCAGUGCAUCACUGGCUACCAGGGCAAUCCGGAGCUGCAUUGCAACCACACCAACUUCCGCACCGACUUCCCGCGACCCGACAUGGUGGUCAGUUGUCUGGCCGACGGCGUCCAGGUGGAGAUCCACAUCACUGAGCCCGGAUUCAACGGAGUGCUGUACGUGAAGGGCCACAGCAAGGACGAGGAGUGCCGCCGGGUGGUCAACCUGGCUGGUGAGACCGUGCCCCGCACCGAGAUCUUCCGCGUCCACUUCGGCAGCUGCGGCAUGCAGGCGGUGAAGGACGUGGCCAGCUUCGUGCUGGUCAUCCAGAAGCAUCCCAAGCUGGUCACCUACAAGGCCCAGGCGUACAACAUCAAGUGUGUCUACCAGACGGGCGAGAAGAAUGUGACGCUAGGAUUCAACGUGUCCAUGCUGACUACGGCCGGAACAAUCGCCAACACAGGACCGCCGCCCAUCUGCCAGAUGCGAAUCAUCACCAACGAGGGCGAGGAGAUCAACUCGGCCGAGAUCGGAGACAACCUGAAGCUGCAAGUGGAUGUGGAGCCAGCCACCAUUUAUGGAGGCUUUGCCCGCUCCUGUAUUGCCAAGACGAUGGAGGACAAUGUGCAGAACGAAUAUCUGGUCACGGAUGAGAACGGCUGCGCCACGGACACCAGUAUCUUCGGAAACUGGGAGUACAAUCCGGACACGAACAGCCUGCUGGCCAGCUUCAAUGCCUUCAAGUUCCCGUCGAGCGACAACAUCCGCUUCCAGUGCAACAUACGCGUCUGCUUCGGACGCUGCCAGCCGGUCAACUGUGGUGGCUACAACGCCUUCGGACGACGUCGCCGCUCCAUUGCGGACAACUCCACGGACUCGACCGCCAUUGCCACCAAUUCGGGUGUGGAGGGUCAGCUGCGCGAGGAGAUCACCAUCUCGUCGAAUGCCAUUUUGACGUUCGAGAAGCGCAGCGGUCAGGGUCUGAAUGAUGCCAACAUCAAACCGGCGGCCCAGAGAGUCGAGGAUAUUUGCGUGUCGAUGGUGGGCCUGAUCAUUGCCCUGGUCAUCACGGCUCUGCUGGCCCUCGUGGCCGUGGCCGUGGCUGUGUCCUGCUGGCUGAUGGCCUACAGGAGGCGGCCCAAGACCAUUGCGCCACUGCCCCAUCCGCCGGAGUUCCCCAACCCGCUGUUCGCCAAUCCCGACGCUGUGCCCGAGCCAACGCCGGAUUACAUCUCCUAAACGUAACGUAACGUAACGUAACAUAACGUAACGACACACUGACACAACAACACACACCUAGCUAUAUCUUUAGUCUGUAAGCAAAUCGAAUGAGAAAGAGUAAGAAAAUUACACAUGUGAAUAUUUGAAAGGCAAGUGCAAAAAGUAAUGCAAAAUGCAAAACAGAUCAAAUCGCGAACGAUUCUAAAGAUCGAAGGAAAAGAAAAACAAAGGUUCAGUUGUGAGCAGCUGAAACUAUCAAACAAUGAAAGAUUGAACUAUUGUAAAAAGCAAAAAUGACGAAGCAUAAACAAUGAAUGAAAGCAAUUUAGUAGCUUAAGAAGAUAAUUUUAUUAAUUGUAUUAACGUUUAGUAUUCUCCCUCCUACUAAUAUGAGAAUUCCGCGUAGUGUUUGUACGUUUAGCUGCCGCAAGGAGUCCACUAACUGCCAAACAGAUGAGAGGGAAUUCGCCCAUAGAGAGAGUGCAGCUACAAACGAAUUCUCGUCCUCUAACGACAACUUCUUCAUUAGUCGGGUAUCCAUACUUAAUACUGUUUACUGUUAUAUAUAUAACUAAAGACUUCCUAUAAAUAUUUAGGGUGUGGGUAGUAGCAACGACACUUUGUAUUAUAGCACAGACACACGCAACUGCAACUACUUCCUGUAAUUUAGAACGCAACUCGCCCGUUAAAAUUGAAAACUGCCUUUGAUUUCCAACAAGAACGAACAAUGCACCCCGAGAAUACUCUCUAGCAGUAUGUAAAAGAUAGUUGGGAUCUGUCUGAAGGACUUUUCGCGUGUCUCGCCUAUAACCACAGGACAAUAUGAAAACGAUUGUCCCAGUUGGAUUGUACACAAGCUCAAGAGUAAACACACACACACACACACCGAAGAAAUCAGACCACUCUGCAAAGCUUUUGGCACGUGGAAAUAGUUCCAACAAGAUCCAGGCACCAACUCAAUCGGAAUAAGAAGAGGGAAAAGAACUAUAACUGCCACUGAGGCGUCAUCAGCGCACAAAAGAUACUUAUCUACUGCAUAGGAAAUAUUAGGUUUGUUUUAAUUUUAAUCGCAACGACGACUAAUGGAGGAUUUGAUUUUGACCACUCUCCCUCGACCACUUACUUGUACUACACACUCCACUAUGAUUAACCAUUAUUUUUGUAGUUUUAUAGUCAAUUAAUAUUAAAUUGUUGUGAUUGUUUUUAAUGCAAAAGAGAUACUUCCACUAAUUUACUAAUACGUAGAGACAAAAGUAUAGAGCGUACUUAAAAAGGCAACGAACCAGCGCCCCUGCCCCGCCCCUUCUCCAUUUUCCGCCAGAGUCAAGCAUGCGUUUGUCAACGCGCCGGAAACUAUGCAGCGAAUUUCCGUUUCCGGCGCCCGUUUCACAGAGCAUUUCUUUUCCUGGUGCGAUCACAGAGUUGGUGGUCAAAACGGGAUCGGCGGGCCUGGAUAAUUAAAUUAUUAAAAAUGAAGUUUUAAAUUAAUAUUAUUAAACGUAAACAAAAUGUAUAGUCACUACUUUAAGAAGAAAGAGAAUUUUCUUUAUAGUAAAAUACCAUACAAAAUAAACUCGCACUCAGACACGAACACAAAGAGACAGAAUUUGUAAAUAAUACACAGGCAAACUCUAUGGUAUUUUUAGUAGCGCAUUAUUGUGUAUAGGUUUCUACACGUUGACUCUCAAAUCCGAACUAAAUCAAAGUCUCUAACCCUAACCGAUGCCAGGCAUAAAAUUAUUUUCUUAAUUCCAUAACCAUAGAAUACUUCAACAAGUGCACAAAUUUUUGCAACUGCCAACCGUUCACAAUUACCAAACACUUUUAUUUUUCUUUACAAGAACCGCUUAAAAUCUGAUCCUAACUAGAAUAACAUUGAAUAAAGACAGAACUUUUUGCACUGGCAGCAAAUAUAAAAAAAAUAAUAAUAACGAAUAAGAACCCGUUCUUAUUGUAAAAAGAAAACAAUAGUUAAAUUGUACUUAUAAAGAAAUGUAUUUAAAAGGAAAAAACGAGAAACGAAAAUAAUUGUAAUCGCUUAUUGUAAACUAAUAAAUAAAUAAAUAUAAA